AUGCCGGACCCACCAGCGAAGGAUCUUCUCACGUUCACAAUCGUAGAUGGAAAUGUGGUAGGUACACUGGUUAAUCGUAGUAAUGAUUAGCAUUAAAAUUAGUAUGGCUAAUGGCAUGAUUUCGAAUGCAAUUUGGUGUAAAUAAGCACGAGUAAAUUUUUCAAAGACAACAAAAUUGUACGAGUCCGUAGGGCAAGUGCAAUUUGUAGUCUUUGAAAAUUUUACGGAGGUUUACAUUACACCAAAUUACAAGAGAAAUCAUGUUAUUACUUGUUAAUAAUGUACAUAAAAAAACAUUGUAGAAAGCCAAGACAGACGAAAUUUUAAAAGCAUGCAUUUGUAUUUGUAACUUGCACCCAUGUUACAACUUUGCACUCUUGUUACAUGAGAAUGUAUUCGUUUUAAGCCAAUAAGCAGCGCGUAAUUUUUUCAUGUACAUUAUAAACUAAUCGAAAGAUACUGCUUUCAUAUCUGAGUCACAGGUUUAGUCACAAAUCGCCCUAAAAUCGCCCUAAAAGACUCUAAAGCGCAUGCUUCAAUGCAAUAUUUCAACACGUAGGCUUCACGAGCUUAUGAAAAAUCAUGUAAAAACUAGGUAAAAGGGAUAAAAAAAAAUUUCACAGCCUUUUAAACUGUCUUCCAUGGGAUAAAACUACGGUGAAAAUCGCUUAAAUACAGUUUACCUAUAUUUUGCCGCUGGUGGGAAGGUACAAGCGGAAACUUUACUGCCAAAAAAAUCAAUCUUUAAUGAUAGAAGUAGUUAAGUGUUUAUACAGUUCUUUAAAAGCUUUAUUCAUUUUGUUUCGAUUGACAAUUUUUCUAGCGCGGCAGGCAUAAUUCUCAUUUAAAAGUAUAUGAAAUGGCGAUUUUUGCCGUUUUUGCGCACGGCCACCUGUUUUAUUUGACAAAGAAGAGGACCAAAUCCAUAUUGCAAACCACUAUCAGUUUGUAGUCCAGUCAAUGACUUGGGUAUUUUUUUCCUAUUCAGGGAGACAAAUUUUACAUCGAAUUAUAUGGUGGCAGUGUAGUUGUCACCAAAAAGCUGGAUUAUGAGUCGAUCAACAACUACACUCUGAAAAUUCUUGCCAAGGUUGGUCGAGUCUCACUAACUUACAAGCGUAUCUUAGCGGGCCACUUAAAUAACAACAACAACAACAAAAAAAGCACAGAUCCCCCCACAAAAUAUAUGUCAUUCAUUCCUAAAUUGGAUCUUGUAGUAAGCAGACACAAUUGAUUUUUCUAAGAUUCUCUAAGCUGCCAUAGCCAUUUAUAUCAAAAGCAAUCAAGAGUUGCUGUAAUUUAGGAUUGUAGUUUGAUGGGGAUCGCACGAUGAAUUGUUCUGGUUUUGCAUGCCAACUAAAACCAACACAAACCUUGUAACUCGUGUUUUAUCGCGUUUGUAGUAGGCUAUUGUGUGUUUACUUUGAGUUUUCAAGGGCUUCAUAAAACAUGUCCUUUAGUCUAAUUGGUUGUUGUGAUUAUCUUUGGUUUGGUUUUAUUGACGACAACCAAUCUAAAGCACUCCUCUGAAAUUGGACAUGAUUUAUUGCAUUUUUUUCAUCAAUCUGCUUUAGGACAACGGGCCGGGCAAUGGACUUAAUUCAAGCACAACACUGAAUAUUCUCAUUGAUGACGCUGAUGAUCUCCCGGCCGAAUUUUCUCCUUCUUCAUACGAAGCAGAAGUGCCAGAAAAUGCAGCUAAGGUCAGGACGGAAUUAUUAAAUAGUAUUGAUACUAAUUCCAAGUUGCAUUUGUUAUGCACAAACUCAACUCUAGAUUAAAGAACGCUCUUUUUUUCUAAUUUCAAUAAUAAUAAUAAUAAUAAUAAUAAUAAUAAUAAAUCAGUCAAAAAAAAUAAUUGAUGCUAACCCACCUCGCAGAUAUUUUUCGUACACCUCUCUCACAGAGUUCUGCUCGGCGCGCUAACGUCAACGUUUUUUUUCACUGAUCUUUUUUUUACUCGAACGACGGACUUCGCCGAAAAGCAGGGGCUGCUUCUCUGCUCUAUUCUAAUUCAGCAUUUGAUAUAAAGAAGAGUCUUCAUCUACCCCAGAUGAUAGGUCAUUUAUUUUUCAGAAAUAUGUAUCUUGAUAAAUUUACUUCACGGUGAUCUCUUCCUCCACAAUUAUUUGAUGUACACACUUUACUAAUUAUAAAUACCAGAGAAUUACCUUGACAUACUUAUACCGAAAUUGUCUUUGCGCGUAUACUUCACUGUAUAGGGUUAUUACGUCACGGCUGUUACAGCACGUGACGGAGAUGAGAUGUUGGAUGCACCAGUGGAAUACUUCAUAGAUACAGGUAAGGAACCGGUUGCGGUUGUUAUUUAUCGACGGGGAGGAUUUUUCUUGUGUCGCGAUAAAAUUACCUGAUCUCCCCAUAAGGCUUUGUGGCAUUCUUAUGGUCCUCCCACAUUGGCAGUUAGUCGACAGUCAGUUUUCCAUAGUCCCCCUUCAUCCUCUAUGGGCGACGACUGAUCCCCUAUGUCCACAAAAUCUUGAACACGGAAACACGGACUAAAGACUGAGAAUCAUACACACGAUGACCUUUGAUGACUACUUACGCGUCUUGUAGGCUAUAACAAGAAAAAUAUUUGAUAAUGUUGUCCGAUCGCCUGGGUGACAUUGAUCCUGAAAAUGAAUGGUUUUGCUACAAGAGAGGAUUGAAUGUCAUCCUCAUCAGUGAUCGAUGAUGAUAUAACCUAAGCAGAAGUCAUCUUUAGCUUCAAGUUCCUAAACGCUGCAUAAUGAUGAUUUUCACCCAUUUCCCGGUGCGGAAAGACUUCUUCUGUAUUGAUUGAGUUUAUCUUAUUUUUCCUCUUUAAGAUACAAACCCCAACAGCGUAUUUACCAUUCUGGGCUCAUCUGGAGUGAUAACUGUGAAUGGCUCGUUGGACAGAGAGACUAGGGACUCCUAUAACUUAAGAAUUGGGGUGAGUAAUUUUCUGGAAAUGUCCUGGCUGACUAGUUAGGUCCAUUCACUUGCGUUAUUAUUCAUUCUCUGACCUCAGUUGGUGUACGAAGCAACAACGCGAUUCAUCCACCUCGACUGGGCCUGCAUCAGACCUCCCUUGCCUUUCCCGUAAUGUCUUCCCCAUCUGUCUCAUUCCUUCUCAACCGUCCGCCGCUACACGAUCUUUCGGAGGCCCUUCGCUCUCUUUCUCUCUGGCUCCCAAUGUAGAGCAGUCUUAUAAGUGUAAACCACUAGGCUGCUAACAUCAUCAAUUUAUCAUUCCAUAUUGAUGUCAAUUUAGUGGACAGUUUAUCUAUCCCCAGUCUGCUAAAUACAGCAUGUUUCGAAUUUACCAACAGUGUCUCUUGUGCCUGAAGAGGACUGGCUCGGCCGCUGAGAUAUGAAACACAAAGUCACCACAAAUCUACAUGGCAAUGUCUCUGUUUUCGUUUUCUCCUUCGCAGCUGUUUAGAAAAUGUGCCGAAACGAGACGCAGGAGAAAGCGUCUUUGCAUCACAAAAACGAGUGCGAUGAGGAGACUGAAAAAUUCUCAAUUUAACUCAAAUUUGUUUACAAUUUUCGUCUUGCAGGCCACUUCCACUCAUCAAAACCCUGUUUAUGCGAACGUAAAGAUAACUGUGAAGGAUGUAAAUGACAACCCUCCUGUAUUUAUCGACGCACCUUAUUCAGGAGAGAUUCUGGAAAACGCAUCACUUGGGAUGACGGUUAUGAGAGUUACAGCUGUGGAUAAAGACGAGGUAAAGUCGCACUGAUAUUUUCUCAGUAACCUCUCUUACUGAUCCGAUUUUGAUUUAGUUUUGUGAUGAUUGAAAAAAACUAGUUGUUUGUGUACAGUCAGUGGAAUGUGAUUUCAUCGUGGGUGACAAUUAAGGUGGCCUUGUAGCACUUUGGAUUUCGGGUUUAAAGGUUUUGGUUAGAGUACUGGCUGUUUCACUGCGUGGUGUUAGUGAGCAAAACACUCAACUGUCAUAAUGGUUGUAAAAGCAAACUAUGAGUGAGUCAUUGUUCUCCAAAAGCACCAGCAGCCGGCGUUUUCACUAGAUACUUGUUUGUGAAGACUUGUCUUGACCUGAAACGUUUGCUUAUAUUUUCGUAUAGAAUGGAUAGAACAAGAAAAAAAGGAAAGAAAAAUAAGUAAAAGCAAGAGGAAUCGAUGCUAGCGAAAUAAAUGCUCGUGCCCUUCGGGCACUCAAAUGAUUACCGCCAGAUGACCACUGUUUUCUAUGGCUGGUUACUAAAAGACCUGACGAUGACUUUGAUGAGUACCAGAAAAAUUUUGACUGAAAUGAAGCUUUUGAACUUUUGACGGUUGUCUCCCCUCCCAAUAAGUAGAAAUAGCGAUACUCCUGGUCACCUCUUGCUGAAUAAACCGGUAUAUGCUUCCAGCUCUUCCAGUGUGAGCUCCCUGGCUUUUAAAAGACUUAGCUUUCUGGCUUCAUCAUUUUAUUCAUGUUAGGGAAAUAACGCAGUGUUCUCGUACAGCCUGGAACGUGCUGGAGGAAAGUUUACCGUCACGCCUGCCGGGUAUAUCUUGGUAAACGACGAAAUCGAUCGCGAAACUGAGGAUGUACAUUCAUUUCAGGUCAGUACUACGACUUGAACUUAAUCCUUUUGUAAUAUUUGUGAGCGAUUAAAUAUGUGAGGAAAAAAAUUAUUAAAUCGAUAGGAAAAUGAACCUAAAACAAAACAACAACUAAACGAACAAAACAAAAACGGCAUCAAGAACAAAAACGACUAAGUGAGUGCGUUUCUUUUUUCUUUCCUAAAAGAAUAGUAGGGGUACGGUCGGGCGGCUACUAAUGCUAUUUCCAGACCUCUCUCGGUAAACUAAAAUGGCGUAAGAACUUCCUUGCGCCAACUGGCAACAUGCACCGCGGAAUUAUUUUAUGUCCGCUUUCCACGACCAUUCUGGGUUCCUAGGAAAAGCUCCUUAUAUAAGAAAAGCUAUCUACCUUCAACGUAUCUGCGAUUCGGUACGCGAUCCCUCGACGUGUUACCUACGAUGCAACCUCAAAGCGACAUGAUUUAAUUUGAAAUCUUAGGUGCUCGCAAAGGAGACUAAGACAUCGGAAAAGCGUCAAGCUGUGGCAUCUGUUACUGUUAAUGUCACAGACCUGAACGACAAUAAUCCAAAAUGUUCCCAAGCUGUUUACAGAGUUACUGUACCGGAGAACAGACCAACGAACACUUCUGUAGUGAAGGUGAGAUACAGAGUAUAAUUUUAUUCGCUGAAUUAAGAUUUGUUUCAUUUUUCCUUCGUUCUUUUUGUUUCCAAAGUGCACUAAAAGUUCAGGACCGAUUAUUGAAUUUGGAAACUUUCAGGUGUUGGAUCUAAGGGUUACGCGUUGAGAUCUGCAAAUAUCUCAGCCACGUUUUUUUAUUUGUUGAACGGUUUCUUUAUUCAUUCAUUUUCAUCUUGUAUUCCUUUAAAGUGCGGCAAUUUCACAAUAGGCUUUCCCAAGAUUUUAAUAACAAUUCGUAUGUCCCUCUGCGAAAAGAUACCUCAAAUCAUAGACAUUAUCAAUAGCUCACAAAUUACUUAGGUGCUGCACUGCAUUGUGUUACACUUCCUGAAGAUAUUCUGAAAACCAGAGUCUUGUCACGCAAUUUACGUGACAUCAACAGUUGAGCAUAAUUUGAUUGACGCUGAAUAUAUUUUUCAUAAUUUUUUUGAAAUUAUAGAUUACUGCAUCCGACCCUGAUUUGGGACCAAGUGGAACGAUCCGAUUUAGUCUUGUUCCAGAUGCUACUGAUCAUUACAAGUCUUUUGCUAUCGAUCCCAUUAACGGCACUAUUUAUACCACGGCUAGUUUUGACCGCGAGCACCUUGCGCUUUACAGGUUAACCACGCGCGCCACAGACCAGCCAACUAGCGGACAAGCAAGGUAGAAAUUGCCCUUCAAAUAGUAGACUACCUCCAUCCCUAGAUCAAUGUCAGUAUCAGAGAAACUGCGUACAUACCUCUCCCCUAAUCCAACAACAGUCGACUGACAACAAGUUAAGGUUAAUGUUGGGUUAGGGGAGGGGAAGGUGUGAAGUUGCUCAGACACUGACAUUGAGUUAAUUCCUCUUAAAAUUGCCAGCAAAAAUUAACAAUUUAUAAUAAAGGAAAAUAGUUACUGUAAAAUGACGUGACGUUCAAGUAGUGUAUACGAAAAAACAGGGAGAAAUGACGUCCUGGAGUUAUUCAGACUACACAUGUUCUCUUUUUUAUGACUGGAGGUGAAAUAAAUACCUGUUUUUAUGCAAAUGCCCAUUUACAACCUAUAAUUACAAUUUCUUUGCUGCAAAAACACUUGGGUUUAUUUUAUUGAAUCCUCAGCCGGUCCAUGUGAUGGUUACCUAAGGAAUUCCAAGUUAUUCUGAUCUUGUUUGAAUUGUGAAUGUAUAAUUCUUCUCUCUUUAGAUUCGGAGACUGCCAGGUUGAGGUAACCAUUGGUGAUGAAAAUGACAACAGUCCAAGAUUUACAAAUUUACCAAACGAGACAAGCGUGUCCGAGGGAGCAUCCGUAAACACUGUCUUUUACACGGUUCAGGUAAUGAUUUUCACCUAAACAAGUACAGAUCAUGACACUUUAAUUGCCAUAAUCUUUUUUUUUUGAUGUUGAUGAGAAGAAAAAUGAUGAUGACAGUUAUGGAAGUGGCGAUGAUACAGAUGUCGAUAGUGAUGUGACAGUAGAGAUGGUAGUGACAAUCUGAGUGGUCUUAAGUAGUCGUUUCACUUGAAUAUUGUUUCGUGAUUGGUCACAUCCCAGAGUACCCUCUCCCUGUUAUUGAUGACAAUAAUAGCAAUGAUAGCGACGGCGACGAUGAUAAUGAUGAUGACGGUAAUGGUAAUCGACCUGAUUGAUAAUCCUCUUAAUCAUUGACUGAUAAUGUAGACCGACACAAUAACAAAGAUCUUCAAAUGCACGCUUAGACCGUUUUCCCAAACUUUAUCCUCACUGAUCAUUACCAUUUUUUGGUGUAAAAAUCCAUCAGCGAAUACCCAAUCGAUGUGAAGUCGCUUCAAGCAACUGACGACCUAGAAAGAUCGAAAGUCGCGAUGGAUUAACAGUAUUGACAUUGCAAUGUUUUUGUUUGUUAGGCCGCUGAUCCUGAUGAAGGUGUGAACGCUAUUGUAAGUUACAGUAUUUCCGCUGGGAAUAUUGACAAUGCUUUCUCUUUGAAUAUUAACAGGUAAAAGCACCAUAAAAUUCAUAUAAAUAUCUAUAUUUGCCAAGAAUCAUCCUAGAAAAAGCUAUUUGAAGCUUCUGUGGCUUUAUAGAAACAGACUUUUCCUUAGUACAUUUUCAUCCAAUCACCCAUGCUUCGUUUGUCUGUCGCAGUAUAAUGUGUGGAUCCAAGCAAAAUUAUUUUUCUAACUGAUCAAGGUCCUCAUGGACUGAGAAGUGGGAAGAAAACUAAUCGAAAGAGUUGUGAACAGAUAAUCAUCCGUUUUGAGAUAAUUGUACAUUUUUUAAAAGCGAGGUCAUAACCACCUCAUUUUUGCAUGUUUUGUUGCUAGUUUUUGCUGCUUGCACUCUAUCCGAAUGUAAGUUUUUUCGUAGAGAUUUAUUAUGAAAAACUUCCUUUUGAUCUGUCACGGCAGAAUAACGUCUUAUGUUCUCUAAUUAUUCUUAUAAGUAAUGCUUGCCCAGCACUCAAGAUUGGACGUGAGUUUUCUCAGAGAUCAUAACCAAGUCAUUCCAAAAAUUUUUUUUACUUUUGGAUUUUAGCGGAAGUCUCUCAACUCUUCGAAAGCUGGACAGAGAAACUAGUGCCCAGUUUUCUCUUCAAAUUACAGCCGAAGAUGGAGGAGGAAAGGUUAGUAACGACAGAUGGAUAACUCAGAGAUUGUUUAAAGAUGAAAUGCUUAAGGUCCGAGGCGUCUCUCCACCUUUUGAGCUUCACUUUUGAAUUCUUUACAAGUUUCUGAUGUAGCUUUGUUUUUGUGCAACCCCUCGACAGCAACUAGAUUUACGAGGAAUGUUAUAAACAGGAAAUUUAUCGCGUUAACUUAAAAAAAAAUUGUGUUUCCAUUAAUUUCGAAGUUUUUGGGUUAUUUGAUUAGCGCGCGGCGAAUAUGACACGACAAAAACAAGGGUUUAGCGGAAGGAAAAGAAGUCCAGGAGCGCCCGAGAUCCCCCCAUCGUAAGCCUGUUUUUGACGCAUUAAGUUAAACACGGCGUGGAGGUCGACAUGACAAUCUGACGAGUACCCUCUGUUUGUCUAAGUGUAACCCUUUGAAAAAUCCUGGCUCCACCCUUGUGCAAUAAUGUCUCAUAUAAAUGUGUGGAAAUUUUCACUUUUAUCUCUGAGAUGGCAUAGACUAAUACUCCCGUUCAAAUAAAAUUAAGCUGAGCGAUUAUUUUGUAAAUGAGAUGGGGUAUAACAGAAGAUCGGGAUUCAUUUAUUAAUAAGCCGUGAGUUAGUAAAGACCAGCCCCUACACCCUCCUAGACAGGAGGUUUCUUUUGUAAAAAUCUGAUUCCAUCUCAACAGUCAACAACAAAGAGUCUGGUUGUUCAUAUCUCGGAUGUCAACGACAACUCGCCGGUAUUCACCGAACCAGACGGUUAUUACUUUUCGGUGGACGAGGGAAAAGCUGGUUUAACUGUCGGAAUGGUCAAGGUAAGUGAGAGUGGGACGUUUUUGAUUCUUGUUCCUGUUAUGUUCAAUAACGGCUUCAGUUUGGUCCUCACGAAAUCAUUUUUUUUUGUUUCAGUUCAGUUUUUUUUUCAGUUUCAAUACCAUAUCACACAUCAAACUUGGCUGUUGAUAUUUAAAUUUCUUACUUCUUCAGGCAAUAGACACUGACGAGGGCAUAAAUGCAGAAGUCACGUACAGCCUUAAGUCCGUACAAGAUUACUUGAAGUAAGAUUUUUAUUUAAAAAGAAUGAAGGUGGUCAAGUUAAGGCUCAUGCAUUUGGCUAUAAUUUGAAAAAGAAACUCAAUCCAUUAAUAUGAAGAUCUAUGAAUUCAUGUUUGAUACAUAAAUCCAUUUAGAUACAGCACCAUAUUGAAGUAAUAUUUGCCUCUAGUCGCAACUAGUUUACCAAGCAUUUCCGUGCGACAUAAGGUAAAUAUAAUAACAAUGUGCUAGUUCAGAACAUGCAUUUCAUUUCUAUCUUUAAUUUCUAUCUGUUUCUCAGUCAUUCACUGAAAAAAAGCUCUUCGGUUUCUUUCCAGAUUUACCAUUGACCAGACAUCUGGUGAAAUAAAGACAACUACUGCAUUAGAUCGUGAGUCUGGUGACCAACAUAACAUCCGGGUUCUAGCCAAAGAUAAAGGUCUUUCUAAUCUCCAGGCUGAAGUUCAUGUUGUGAUAAACGUCUCUGACGUCAACGAUCAUAGUCCAGUAUUCAGUCAGCGGCAUUACUUUGUAGCAGUGGAGGAGCAACUUCCCGCGCAUGUCAUCUUGAAUUUGACGGUAUUUUGAGUGGCCUGGUUUUUUUUCAUGUUUUAUUGGAUUUAUUAAUCCAUUUUAAUUAAUCAAUAUCGUUGUUUUAUGUAAUAUACAGAAUUUUUGAAAGUAUUGUUAUUCCGAAGGAAGGCCUAAUAUAUCAGCUCGCUAACCGUGCGUGGUACUAAUUCCGACAGCGUCCGCCUGAUCCUUUACUAGAACCUAUCAGAACUUCCAACUUACUUCCUUAGUUUGUUCUGAACUACUGUAGCUAUUGUAAAACCCUUGCCUUGUCAUAGGCUGCCUAGGCUUCUUUGCAUAUUCAUUUGGUAGCAAUCGUUUUUGUAGGGUUUUUAAUGUCAGUUCUUUCCUCGGCAUACGCCCGUCUGGACGUAAGCACCUAGGUGGUAUCCCCGUCCCUUCUUUGAAUUGUUCCUGUCAUAAAAUCGCAUUGGCAGAAUAUUCAAAGCAAGAUGAAUUACAACCAACCGUGGAAAACGGGGCAAAAUACCAGCUUCUCUAGACGACCGAAUGGUACUCCUGGAGCUCGAAAAUUUGCUGUUUUACUAAUCUAAAAGUUAUUUACAUCGUUUGCUUUCGUUGCGCAUGUUUUUUUUUAACUGAACCAACUAAUGUAACUUCGCUAUAUAGGCAACUGACCGAGAUAUUGGCAUCAACUCGGCGUUCUUGUAUUCAAUACUUUCUGGAGAUGUUGACAACAGUUUCGCCAUCGAUCCUGCCAGCGGUGCUCUUUCCACAACACGACCCUUAGAUCGAGAACAGCAGGAUUCCUACAUCUUAUUGGUUCGUGUGUCCGAUCUCCAUGGUAACCACAGUUAUGGAGUGGUGUUUGACGAUUCUACUGUGGUUCAAGUUGUCGUCGAGGUAAGGCUUUCCUGAUCCCUAUUUUCUUCUAUGGUCGGUGCACUUUGGGAUAAAAAUCACCUUGCUUUGGUAAUGCUAUCGUCACUGACGAUGAAUUCAACCCAAUCACAAUGAUGAAAGUGAUAUCUUGAGUAUUUCUUUUGAACAUUGGGCUUCUCAUGCAAGUAAACGCCACACCUACGUAGAAAGUAGAGAGCCUAGUAUAAGACCGUGGUACACUUCUACUGUCACCAAAGGGUUUUCACCCAUUAACCCCUACGAGUGUCUGGCUUCUAAUUUCUCCAUACAGUAUCACCUUUAAAUCAAAUGUACAGGUCAUGAGAAUAAAGGAAAUGAUCAUCAAUGUAGGACGCUCCUGAUUGUCAAACAAAUUCUCCUCGUCAGUACCAUAGGAAAUGUUAAGAGAACAGCGUGGAGAAUAUGAAAGAUAAUUUUAGGGGGGAGGGGGGGAAGGGGGAGAAGGGGGAAGGGUGACAGCAUCGGAGAUACGCCCCAGAUGCGUAUUUGGAGAAUGUCGCUAAUGAGCCCAAAGGGAAGACAAAAUUGAAAUUUCAGGGUCCGCAGCUCAGGACGAUACCCUGUACUGCAUUUUAUGCUUCCCAUAACAACGGAAAGCGGUCAUUUUUUUUACUGGUCUUAAUGUCGCUUGCACGCGAGAGAUUUAAGAUUGUAGGGCGUAUCGAUGUCUCGCAGUUUUCAAUCUUGAAUUCCCUUCCAAUAUGAAAUGGACGGCUGUAUGAAUGUAUGGAAAAUUCAUUUUUUUUCUUUAGAAUACAAAUGACCACAGACCAUUGUUUGCAAACCCUUUGUAUCACGUUGAAAUAUAUGAAAACAUCACUACUGGUACCGCCAUCUUACAACUCUCUGCCCAAGAUCGCGAUGACAAUGUAAACAUGGCUCUGAGAUACUCCAUUGUCAGCGGUAAUAACCUUGAGAGGUUCUUCAUUGAUGUCUUUAGUGGUAUAAUUUACGUGAAGAGUCCCAUUGACAGAGAUCCACCGAUGAACGAGAGUUCUUUCUUACUCACGGUAAUAGUCCAUUUUCUUGAUUUUGAAUUAUUUCCGCUGUCUUAUCGUGGACUCAACGUUACAAAACUGUUAGCUUCGUAAUCUCUUUCAAACUAAUGUCUACUUUUUCUUGUUUUCUAGAUCAUGGCUAAAGACCAAGGAAAAAUUUCAUUAAACUCCACCACAAGGGUGAGGAUUACCAUAGCCUAUAUAGAACAUUUGAAUGUGCUCAGAUGUUUGGUUCAGUUUCUGCGAUCGGGAAGAAGCCGGCAUGUAGGAGAGUUUUUUUUCUUUUCACUUAUUUGUAGAACGUUACUUAUUAGGAACGUGUCAUAACCUGAUGGAAAGGAUCUGGAAUCUUUUAUUCUCAGCGAAAAAUUUACAAAAGUAAUUUUGCAUUUGUGUGCUUUGUUGCUAAGCCUUUGUACAGGAGCGAAGCUUUUGAUGACCUUGUUUUUUGUGGAGAAGAAACGACAUAGCACGAUAACAGAGGAAUUUAAAACUUUAAGCAACAAAAUUUAUACCUAAAGAGUGUGACCUUUCGCCUCCCUUCCAUCCAAGUCGUCGCUUUUCUUGUCUAAUGUACUAUUUUGUUUUCCACUAUUCAUUUUCUCUUUAAACGACAGGUUAGUAUCACUGUGUUUGACGUGAAUGACAGUCCACCGUAUUUUGAAUCUGGUAGGUCAUGUAAUACUUACUAAGACUGAGUUGUUUUUGAGUUCGAUCACCAACCUUUUUAAACUAAUCGUUACCUUGGCACUUAACCUAUGUUUGAACUAAUCAAGCCCUGAAAAUGUUAGCCCGGCCAUUUUUCCAAUCUCCUUUUGGGAUGUAUUUUUUAAUUUUCGUUCUAAGCUAAGAGCAAAGAGGAGCACUAGUCAACUUAGUCACUUCCAAAUGGAUGAAGCUGUGCAUAUCGUACCUAUGUUAUUUACUGGAUCUUCUUUAAAAAGAUAGAGAAAAAGAAAGAAUUUGCAACUAUGCUUCAAGCAAAGUAUUCUUCUCUAAAACGAUAUUCUCUUUAUCCAAUCUUCCUCUGCAGUUGUAUGUUCACGGCUAUCAUGAGUCAUGAUAACCGUGUCCAUACUACUGCGUAACGCAUUCUAUGUCCCACUGCCUUAAUCAGGCUAUUAGCUGUGUACAUCGUAACGCAUUCUUUGUCCUACUUUAUCAGUUGUAUACACCGUGACAGUUCUAGAGGAUACCCCCAAAGGAAUUGUUGUUUUACGUCCUGUAAGUAACGACCGAGAUACUUCCACCAAUCAAGAGCUGAGUUUUGCCAUCACUUCAGGCAAUGAUCAGGUGAGCAAGCGUUGCUUUUCUUGGAUUAGUUAACAUAAGGAAUACUGACAGGUAACUCUCACAAACCAGUUAUCUGCAAGCACAGCUUCAUAACCGACGCAGAUAAUGUUACAAGUGAUUCCUUUAUGUAUCCUACAUCGAAGAGCAAAGACGAGGACUGGAUGGUUUUGUGUACUUGUCGCUAGAGUUUUUACAGUCAUCUUCCCUGCUGCCCGUGUAUGCAUCCGUGUAUGCUGCCCGUGUAUGCAUCUUUUCAUCCUUUCGAAUAUUUUUUUGAUAACUCCUCCUCUUUCUUCUGUGGAGAGAAUUUAUCCACCAUUCAAAAGAAUCCUUCUCUUAGUCAACCUUUAAUGAUACCGCAGUAAAAAUUUUCUUUUUGGACUAGAACUAUUUUUUUUAAUCAUAGGUUCCUCCUCAGUUUACUGUGGACGGUUCGAGUGGCGUUAUAUCAAGCCACCAACCGUUUGAUUACGAUGUAAAACCAAACACAUACACACUGACCCUUACAGCCACAGACAAAGGGAUGCCUCCGCUAUCAGGGUCAGUAUUUUGGUGUUGCCCGAUAUGGCCCUAAAUAACAAACUUGAUUAUCUUAAAGGAUGUGAAAUAUCUAAUUUUACCCAACGAGUAGGAAGGAAAAAAGAACCUUUCGUUGCCACCCUGAUGCGUCCGCUUACGUCAGUCUCUUUUAUCUUUUAACAAUGUAUACUAGCAACCCUAGACAUAGACUAUAAAGAAAUAGCAAACAAUUACUGGAUCACUUUCUUAUCGGGGAAAGCUUGAGGAAAGCACUAGAGACAACAGAACUUAAUCACAAAGUCUAACAACGAACUACCAAUUGUCUAUCUCUCCUGGAAGAACUGAUAGAGAAGUGUGAUCUCCGUCCAGAUGACCAUAAUGGCUACAAUAUACAGUUAAUCUAGUCUUACAUAUCAUUUCUUCUAGGAAUACCACAAUUAUAAUUGAACUUGAAAACGUUAACGACAACACUCCUAUGUUCACUCAGAAGAAGUUUCUCUUCAGCGCGUUAGAGGUGGGUUUGAAAUAUGAGACAUUAGUCCUCAACACGUAUCGUGGCCUGAAUCCUCUGAUCCCCUCCCCCAGGGGAAAAAUUAGAAGGACUGGUACCUUAGUUCUGGCUUGAAGAAAGAUUUGAACUGAAGAAAAAUCUCAUCUAGGCUCAUUAAAAGACAACAUCAUGUAAUGCAGACUUCGUGUUGUUGUUCAACCGGCUACCUAAAUCAUGUUACACUGUUUUAGCUUCGCGUAUGGCAAAUUGUUCAAAACUGGUCUCUAAAUCAAUAUCGAUCGUUUAUUCGCGAACGGAAUAUCUUAAUCAUUUUGUGUUCUUGUAUACUGUUUUCUUUCGUGAAUAAAUCUAAGAUCAUUGGAAGAAUUCAUCCUGUUACUUACUUCUCUGGAUAUCAGGGCUCUUACGUGGAUAGCAGCAAAGUUGUUGGUGAAGUGACUGCCGUCGAUAAAGAUGAAGACGAUAAGAAUUCUGCCUUUGGUGAAUUAAACUACGAAUUUGUGAACCAGACAAGUGAGUUUAUUACUUUAAACAUUGUUUAAAUUGUUAGUCCUCAUCACUGUAGUUGUUUGACGUUAUUGGAUCAUAUCUGUUUCCUUUAUGUCCCACAUUUUAGCGAGAUAACUGAAAUCUUCUGUUUUUUCGCUAGUUGGAAUGACUCUCAGUGUAUUAAAAUAAACCUGGCAGUGGUUAUUGUUACUAGUUCACGCGCAUACUCUUUCGGUUUUUGAAAAAUCAAUUUCCACACGCGAACUCGAAUUAAAAUUGAGACUUCAAGUGUUCACAGCUAAAACGACUUAAAUCUAUCGGCGGUACAUUGCUUAUUCUGCCUUACGCUCUUGUGCUAAGAGCAAAAAAAAUCUUUCUCUGCAGUUUAUUUUGAUGAGAAUCGGUGAGAAUGUAAAGAUAGGUGUUGAACGUAAUUAGAGGUUUGAUUUGCCUGUCCAAGACGUUCAGUUAUUAAAACGGAGUGCAACAGUGAAUAAAUGUCACGAUAGUAACGGCGGAGCGAAAAAAGCGGGAGGCUUGGGUUUGGUCGCGAAAGGAUCACGACACUUAUUGCAAAGUGCCAGGUUUGUAAUGGGGCGUUGCUUUUUUUUCUUUUUUUCAUAUACUCUAGGUUUUUAUCGUGACCACCAAUGGCCACUUGACCGUGGGGAUGGUGGCAAGGUUCUGGACAUACGCGGUGGUAUCCAAGGGGAGUUAAAAAACGGUGCGAAAGUAGUCUUUGACCCAGACCUCGGCAAUGUGGUGUCACUCGAAGCAUCUGAGGGGUGGUUACUAAUGGGGGACUUUAAAGGUAUUUAUUUUCUUUCCCAUCCUAUCACAUAAGUAUGCUUUCCUGUCAGCUGUCUCUUCUUUUCUUCAUGUUAAUACAACUAACUCAAUUCAUAGAAAAGUGAAAAAAAUGUCUACCUGGCUGGAAAGACAUUUGUAAUUUUAUCUCUGAGUGAAACACUUUUGUUGCAUGAUUGUUUGGUUGGGGUCAAAGGAAGUAAACCGACGGGGUUUGUGUUGAAACAUUUCUUUUAACCAUUGCUACAAACAUGACCUUGAAUGAAGCCCUGCCAGCUAGCAAAAGCUCCAGUGAUAUCGAUGGAAUACAUAACAGGAUAAUGAUGGUGAGGAAAGAAAUCUAUAACCAGUGGCGGAUCUAGGGCCCCCCCCUUAUUUUGAGUAAAAAAAAAAGGAAUCGCAGAUGAAAGGAAAGCCCGCAGGGCAAGCGACAAAAAAACCGCUUCCCUCCCCCCCCCUUUAGCUCAAUGUCUGGAUCCGCCUCUGGUAACUAAGUGUUGCAGCCCCCUGGCCAAGUAUUUUCGCCAUAAUUCGACCUUCCAGUUUUCUCUUGCCUUUGACACUUGUAUUUGUAUUUUAAGUGUUUCUGCACAUCAUAAAAACAAGACGAUAUCAUUCUCGCGUAUGAUUCAUUUGGUAAAGAAAUCUAUCCGUGCGUAGCUUCCAAUGACCAACCUUCACCAUCUCGCUUCACGCUUAGUUACUCGAGUCUUUCCAAAUUCGUUUUGAUUUCAAUUGCGCCUGCGUUAAUGCAUGUAAAGCACCACAAGUAUAAGAUCAAUAAACUGAAAGAUAUAAAUAUCUCUAUCAUCAACAUUAAUGUCGAGGUCCGGACGGUGGAGGGUUAUCCAUUAGAAUUGAACACCCCUCCUCCUCUCCUUAGACCUCAUGUGUAUUUUGCCAUCUGUCGAAAGAUCCUUACAGAUUGGAAAAUAAAUUAUUGAUUGUCAGAAUGUAGUUCUUCCGAGCAGUUAUUUCACUGGCAUCUAUAAAAGGCAUAUCUUGCAAUUGAAAUAUUCAUCGACUGCAUAAGGCAACAAGUAUGCUCAGAAAAAUGGAAAAAAAACAUGAGAAUUAUAGGCUCGAUAAGAAUGAAAACUUCUUACAUUACGCUUUAAGCAAAUCAAAUGUUCCGUCGUAAUCCGCUCGAGCAAUAAAUCAACGAACCUUGUCAAAACAAUCAAACAAAUUCGAUGUUUGAAUAUGCUAUUGACAGGAACUUUGCUGCAAAUCCCGGCCUGCGUUAACUUUGAACUGUACCGAUAGGAAUUGUAAUAAGCUUCAAGGCAGCCCUCAAAACCAGGGAAUAAAAUCAGGGAAAUGUUGCUACGAAAAAAAUAGAGUCAUUUGAUAGUUUCAUCUGCACCGUCAGAGAGAAAUUCAAAUUAGUGUGUUAUCAUUUGGUUAGCGAGAAAAUUCAGCUGUUCUGACAUUCUAGUUCUUGGCGCUAAACGUAAAAUUUUUUGUCAUUUUUGAGGUUGAAGAAUUUAAGAGAAAAUAUCAAAAACAGAAAGAAGUUUCAAAGGGAAUACUAAGAAGGUAGUGCAAUGUUUUAUUUCAAACAUUCUGCGGCCUUUCGAAAACGGAAGCGGAAGAUCUCUAGUGAUUGCGUUAUCUAUGACGUCAGGUGGUUACCCAGGUUACACUUGGUCCUCGGUUUAUUUGUUCCAAAACGUGACUUUCAUGCAAAUACGACUCAUAGGCUGUGAUUACUGAGAACCUUAUUUCGCUCGAUCUUUCGAAAGUAAGCCGCAAUGAAUACAAUGAUUUUUAUAAUUCUACCAGUGGAUUUAACUUUCAUCAAAACUGAACUAGUUUUACAUUCGGUUGCUUCGAAACAAAUUUUGAGAAUUUUUUUUUUUGUGGUCUGUCAGAGCAUAAAAAAUUUGUAUUCAGUUCGCGUCUAUUUAGCAGGUCGACCUUUAUUGUGUCGUAAAGUUACAUGACAUCGCUGAAAGAUCUGAACGCGUUUUUUAAGGAGGUCCUGAAUAAAGCUCUGAGGAAGCUUAAGAGGCCUGAUUUGAAUUCUACUAUGAGAUUUCUUUAAUUCUACUAGAAUUUAGUUUGAGUUUUUAUUUGCUCAGUCUCUAACAGGAAGUCAAGAAUUAGACCGCAAGGUGACUCAGGGGCGGUAGAUCCGAAUAACCGAAAAUGUUUUCGGUUUUUUCCCUUUAAUUUUGUUUCGUCAGAUAGCAUUGAAAUCUGUUUCGUUUGGCCAGAAUUGAUUGGUCGGAAAACGCAGAGGCCACACAGAGGGAACUAUUGUCUAUACUGCGCGUGUUCACAUAUUAAUAUCCAAUAUUUUGCACCACAAUUAUUGAAUCGUCAGGGGAGGAAGUUAUAAAAUCGGCGUGACCUGUAGUCUUUAUCGAGGUCCGUGUGAGAAGGGUUCUCAAUCCUCCCUUAUACCCUUCUCAUAACUUGACUUCCUAUCUUAUUUUCAACUAUCUUUUCCUUUUCGUGUUACUUCUUUCAAAUUUAUAAUUGCGAAUGAAAAACUGAAAGAUUAGUGUUUAUUCCGAUUGAGAAAAUGAACAUAAACCAAUGCAUGUUAAAAGAAUCACGUUGCCUGUAUAAAAGUAAGAAUGAAGUUAAAAAACAUUUCACAAAGAAAAAAAAAAACGAACAAAAACAAAAACGGAAAUAAAUGAUAAAUGGACGUUGAAUUUUAAAGGAGCGAAUAGGAAGCUACUGUUGCUAUGGCUUCCGCUCGGCUGCUUCGAACGAGUCUCUUCCUUAAUACUUAGUCAGACACCUUGGGUUUUCCCUGAAAAUUAUUGAAACAUGUUAAAGAAAUAAGAAAAUUUUGAUACGGUUAUGACGGAAUCCUUACGUGUAUCUCGUUCUUAUAACACAAACGAGUCAACCACACAAAGUUUUUUCAUCGCACCGUUUUAUGAACCCUUACCAGCGCGUGCGUGAGGAAAGCCAUAUGUUUAUAUACAUACCAUAAUCACCGGAUAGUCUAACCUGAACCAUCUAUAUACGUUAAGUCACACCAGAUAUGUCGAGGUCCGGACGGCUGAGGGUUAUCUCACAUGAAUCCGACACCCCUCGCCUCUACUUGACCUCAUCUUUUCGAUUUUGCUCUUCAUUUCCUUCUCAUAAAGUGAUUUGUCUUUCAUUCGUCUUCUCAAGCAAUGUUGCUAGAUUGAUCUGGCGUCUUGUAAGGGUUUGCAGAUUACUUGGAGGGGAAUGACACGCUUCAGAAAUCAUGAUUCCUUCAGGAUGCGUUUCUCUUCACAUCAUGUUUUGGGACAAGAUGAACCUACUGAAAGCCACCGACGUAUUCAAAAGGCCUCAUUAGCUAAAAUCUCUAUUUCAAAUGAAAUUGUGUUUAUGAUCAUGCCAAUAAGUUCACUAAUGAUAUCUGCAUUACAAUAUAGAGAUAACGAAGGAAGGAGUAACCACAGAAUUUUCUCUUGCGGUAGAUAUUUAAUGUAAAAGAUCUAAAUACAUUUUGCUCAAACAGGAACAUUUGUAAUGAUUUCAGAAACGCUUGUGUAAGGACGAAAAGACGAGUUGAAUCAGUCAAUGAUAGUAAUGCGUGACCGACAUCUAAAAUGAUAUGUUCCCCUCGUGAAUAAAUGAUCAAAUCUGGUGAGUCAUGAAUAAAUAAAGAUUCGAGUCGAGGUUUUCGUCACAUCCGUAUCUAUCCAUUUUACGGGGAAUUUGUAGCACAGAUUUAAUUUGAGAUGUUUUUAAAAUAAUUUUCUCCUUUUCUUACUGACAAGUUUUCGGUGUUUGUGUAUUUAUGACUUUAAAUUACUUCAUUUCCUCCUUCGUUAUGCCAGCGUGUGUUAUUCAUGCAUUGCUUGCGGGUUCAUGGGUGCUCACGAGUAGUCACGCUUAAAUAGUCACAUAAUCACAGCGAUGUUUUUAUAGGUUGAUUUUAGCGGCAAGUUUCUUGAAUGGUCUUUUGAUGGCUGUGGCUGUUGAUGAAUCUGCUUGGACCCUUGUGAAAAGAUAAAAAUGCUAAGGUUUUCAUUUGAUGAAGUCUGCCUCUAAAAUGCCUUCAUUAUUCAGGCUUGUCAGAUGAUUUAGACCCUUAUAUUUUAUGCCAGAGUUUCUACUAGUUUCCUUCUAAAAGGAUGGUUACUGCAGCGGAAUGGGUUCCACUUUUCUCACGGCUUACCAUCCCAUCAGCACCAUGCUUCUUGUUGAAAUAAACGCGUUUAUCUUUAUAGCCGUGUUUGUUAUUGCAAAAAUUUUUAGCCUCUUCCAGGCUUUUACUGAAAUUGUCAACUUCGAGUGGAGGCAAUAUUCUCUUCUCUUUUCAGAUAUUUUGAAGGAGAAAUCUUUUCUUGCCUUUGUAAGAGAUUUGCAUUUCUCUCUGAUUUUGUUUUCUGAAAUGGAACAUAAAAUUCCUGAGUCGCAGCUCAUUCUGUUCCGCCUUUUCCUGUUAUCUUUUUUUCUUUUCAUAUUUCCUUUCCCGGAAGUCGGAGGAAGCGUGAGACUUUCUUUCGAUUUAUAUAUUGUAAAAAAGAGUGACAUCUUUAAAUUAAUGUUGUGGUGAUAAAAUGAAUUUUGAGAAUGUCAUGGAGGGCAUUUGACAGUGGCUUUGGAAGAUUGGAAGCUUUGACAAUAGCGUUCGUUUUGGCGCUUUAUUCCCAUGCCCCGCUCUUUCUUUCCGAGUCUUGUGACGUAUAGUAGCUUUCCAAGCCUUACAGGACUGAGGAAUUUAUCAGUGAGGUAUUCUAUAGUCAGUUAAAACCUGAUACAGGCAAAAAAAUAACAUCAUCAUCAACAACAAAAACACAAUUAUUUGCAUCAUGUCUUAACUUUCGUACUACUUUCUAGAUGACUGCAUUAGUAACCCGAGUUUGUGCGUAGAAGGACUCUCCAUUGCUUUCUGGCUGAAGUUCGUCUCUGGUCAGUACGUUAUAUCAUCAGGCGGAGCAUCAGGAUUUGCCACAGGAUUCGAUUUUUAUCGGGAGUCAGCGGCUGGUAACUUUAGGCUGAUUUUGGAAACCUCCACCAGUGAAUGGAGUCUAAAAGUUAACACCAUACCAAGGGUAAGAUAUGGUAAAUCAAUCUUGGAACAGUAUCCGACUUUGUUUACACGAGAACAGAGCACUUGAACAUCUAGAUUCAGAAAGUUACUGCCUCACAGAACCAGUGAGAUAUCAAAGCAAAUGUACAGUAACACCUUUCAUUAUCUUGUUGGUCGAGACUUCCAGUGGAUAGGUUCAGAUAAAGUUUCAGGAUAAUUUGAGUGUUAUGCUUUUGAGUGUCAUCCCUGAAAUCAUGGCAUUAUGGCGUGACUUGCAAAAUGUUUCGUUAUGCUCAAGUUUUUAAUUCAGAAUUAUAGCUUUUAAGAGCCUUCUCCUCCACUCUUACCACCAACAGUCACAACUUGCUGAAAAUAAAAGGCUUAUCCGGCGAAGUCCAGUCAGAACAUAACAUUUCACGGGAUCAAAUUCCUCUGACUAUAGUAUUAUGCCCAAAAUUAUGUCGACAUAAAUUAUCUGACCCUAGCAGUGGAGCAAGUUUUUCAGACCAAACACAGAGCGAGGUGAAGCAAAAGAAAAUCUUUGACCACUUUCAAAUUGAAUAAAGUUGCCUUUAUUGAUAUUUAAAGGAUUGGUUUUACUUCACUUUUACAUGGAGUGUCGAGGCAGGGUUACGGUACUUUCAAGACGGACAACUGAUUGCCUCUACCCAGGCCUCAGAGGAUAUAACACGUGGAAGCGAUAUUUUCACCCUUUUGAGCAUUGGAAAACCUAACAAUGUUGAAAGUCCGCAGUAUUAUGGAAACCUAUCGGUCAGCGAUCUUCUCAUUUGGCGCAAGCGCCUUAAUGACGAAGAAGUGCUGCAUUCUUACAAAAUAUCACGUGAGUGUUUACAAAAAAUAUUGCAUAUACUUUACUGUAGUUUACAGUCAGUCAUUUGUCCUUCCCUCAGAAUCCAUUUGACCCGGCUAGUUGCUCUGUGGGCCAGUCAGUUAAGGUUAUACAAAAUUAUUGAUUGAAAUUUCAGGACAUGUUACAGGCAAAGAAAUGCCAAGCUCUCCCCAGUACAAAGGUAAAUUCGCGCUUUCGGACAACGGAGUAGUAAGUGCUAUUGGAGUAUUGGAUCGAGAGACCAAGGCGAACUACAGUUUCGAAGUACGUGCGCUCGAUUUAGAUCCAUUUCACCCUCGAUACAAUACAACCGUCGUGGAAAUACAAGUCUUGGAUGCGAACGAUAACCCACCGGUAUUUAGGAACGGAAGCUACCGCGCUGAUAUUCCAGAGCAUUCCAGUGUAGGAUUUGUGGCGUUGCAGGUGAAGUGAAAUAAGCAUAUCUGUUCAAUCUUCGCAGAUGUAACUUGCAUAAACAAUUUUUGCAUCUCAAAGUUGUGUCUCUGGUCGUGGAAUUGUUACAAUGCAUCACAGCAAUUGUACUCAGGAUUUUUUUUUUUGGGUGCUAACAGUCAAAGUCCGUACUUGAGCCUAGUUGUACAGCAGCUUAUCCCGUUUUCCAUAUUAUGAAGCGAAUAGGAAUAUUGGCACUCCUCCUACUCCGUCUAUGAAGACGAACAAUACCUCUAGUGAAACUGGGAUGAGCCUCGGCAUUGGUGUACCACUAGAAUAGACAUUUCUUAAUAACGAUGAUGUUUUGAACGAAACACUUUUUGUUAGGUUUGGGCAGAUGACGCUGACCAGGGUUUGAACAGCGUAGUGUCUUACAUGAUAGUCAGCGGUAAUGUAAAGGAUGCGUUCACUAUCGAUGAGAAGACGGGAGAAAUUAAAGUCGCCAGGGAUCUGGACCGAGAAGAUAUAUAUCAGUACGUGCUGGGAGUGGAGGCCAGUGACGGUGAGAAAUCUCUUUUAAGAUAGGCAGUGAAAUGUAAAAAUAGGUUAUGAUAAAAAGGAUUUUAGCAGCGUUCAAGGCGGAAUUGAUACUGCUAUUUUAAAGUGUUCGUCACACAAAGAAAAGGAGCAUUAUAUUUAAAAUCAGAAAGAACGCCCAUAUAGUAUUGUGAUGUGCUAAAUGGUUCUCCAAGGAUAAACGUUCUAGAAUGCAUUUAGAUGCUUCAUUUUAAAGUAAAUGGUUUGAACCCAGGAGUAUCGGUAGUUCGUGCAGUGUGAUCGUCCGGGUGAGUGUAGUUCUGAAAAGAACUGUUGUUGGUGACUGACGUUUCGACUACCUGUCACUUGACUCUGAAGAUGACUACCGCACAGGUAGUCGAAACGUCAGUCACCAACAACAGUUCUUUUCAGAACUACGCUCACGCGGACGAUCACACUACACGAACUAAUGCUUCAUUUUAUGUUUUACAGUCAUCUGAAAGGAACAUAUCAGAAGUCGCGCCUUUUCUUCCCUUUUUUUUUGUUUAUUUAUUUUCUUUUUUCCAAUCUAUAAUGCACAUCUGAUCGUGGAUGAUCUCUAUUAUAUUAUUUACGGUAAAGAGGGAGGGAUCUUAUCACGUUUACCCUAUGCUUUUCUUGCAGGUGGUUCGCCGUCAUUACAGAGCACUGUGCAAGUGACAAUAAACAUUGCAGAUUUGAAUGAUAACGCCCCGAGCAUCAUAUCGAGCUCUUACAUUGCAGGCGUCUUGGAGAAUUUACCAUCUGGUCAAAGCGUUCUCAGGGUAAGUACCAAGGGGGCGAUCUUUGUAUGGCAUACAAAGCUUUUUGCAGCACCAAAAAGGGUAGUUUUGGACCCCUUCAAUUUGUAUCUUGUGCUGUUUUUUUUGUUGCGAGAGUCAUAAGAUUAACAGAGAUUGACGUGCUGUUCUCCAGAUUGAAAGGCUCUUAGCUCGAGCCCUGGUCUGGCCGGGUUAAGGUGUCUUACCCUUAAGCAAGGACUCGAAAAACAAACUGCUUUACCAAACAUAACUUUUUCAUUCGCUAUGACGAUGGGCUAAUGCUCGAAACGUCAGCUUUGAAACUCAUUACGGUUGCCAAUUUACCACAUCAAUUCAGUUGAUGAUGCUAAAUUACCUUGUUAUAUUCUCACACCGACGCAAGUCCACAGUUUCUUUGGAAACUUACCCUCUUUAAAAAUAAGUUUGUUUGUUUAAAUGUUCUUUGAUUCCUGUGCUUCCAGGCGUUGGAAGAUCUGAUCAUAGAUUUCUACAUUCGAGACCUUUUUAAUAAUCUUAUUUAUCAGUAAUGAAACUCCAACGACCCUUUCGCAAAAAAUUUAAUUUUCAAUGUUUUUUCCAGUUAUUAUACAACAAUUUUUUUACCUUUUUUUUCAUGUAACUUUUAUCAUGAGAUUUCCGAUUUAGUAUGUUGCCCACAAAACAAUCCACUCUGUUCAUCAAGCCAUAGGGUCUUUUUGUUCAUGUUAUAUGCUUCCAACUUCCUAAGAUAUCCCUUUCUUUUUUCCAAUGCAGCUCUCGGUCGAAGAUGCCGAUCAUGGCUCAAAUGGACAAGUUACCUUUUCUGUGAACAGUGAUAAGUUUGCUGUAAACUCAUCAACUGGCAUCCUUUACACAACUCAACCACUGGACAGAGAAGAGCAGGCUCGAUACCAAUUGACUGUGCUGGCUACUGACGGGGGAGGAGAUGCUGCAAAGGUUUGGAACUGAGUUUAUUCAUUGGCUGCAUGCCACAUAAGGAAAGUAAAAUGGGAUUAAGGGCCAUUACAUGAGAGAUGCGUCUCUUACUCUACGUUUAGAAAAGCAGUGAUGAAUUACAAGUAUAAGUUUCAAGUUUUUGAAAUAUUAAUAAUCAAAGAAACAAAGAGAAAACGUUUGUUGAAAUAAAAUCGGCACAUUAUCAAAUACAGAGGGAGAAAUAACCCGUGAACAAUAACCAAAUUAGCUUAUUGCUUCUUUUCUUUACACAUUCUUCUGUCAUUUUCUAUUUAUUGCCCUAGAUUAUUUAGACACUUUCAAAUUACUCUUUUGACUAGCUGGUUGCCCUUAUUAUUUUAUUUUAAAAUGCACUAACGAUUGUUCCAUAUUUUUAUUUGCGGACGAUAUUGGAGGCGGUAAGGAAAAGGGUUUCUCUUCUCUGCGACUGUUUCACAAACAUGUGUAAGGUGGACGAAAGGAAGAACAAGCUCUUGCUUAAAUUGUAGUUUUCGACAUCUUAGUCAUUUUGAAAUCUAUCUUUCUUUCUACAGAGCACAAGUGUGUCUUUAGAAGUAAAUGUCGAAGAUGAAAAUGACAAUCGACCGCAAUUCACUGAAUCUGUAUACCUUGUGGCCAUCAGUGAGAACGCCACUGUGUCGUCAUCUAUCAUCCGAGUAUCAGCUGAUGACCCGGAUUACGGCAGUAACGCUGAUUUGAUAUAUUCUCUCAUGAGAGGGGAUGGGGUCUUCGCGAUCAACAGGACAUCUGGUUAGUAUGCCAAAUUUUUUUAGCGUAGGAAAUCCUGUCUUAAGUUGGUUUUACUUUACCCUGGCUACCACCUGGUCUAGAAAUUCACGCCACCUUCUAGAGAUAGAAGGAACUCGGUAAAGCUUACAAACGGGAACGCGUUUACUAAUUUCCUUUCUUUUGAUUGGUCAUUGAUUUGUUCAUUGGUGGUAUCCCAACACUCAAUCACGACAAGUUACGAAAACACUUCCGUGCUCUGAACGAAGUGAAAUUGCAGCCAUCAUCGAAACUGGUUUUUUUCACCCAGAAUUUACGAGUAAAUUUCCACCAACUGAAUGUCGUGAUAGCGCCGGAGUUAUAUCCCCUGGAUCAAUAGUCAUAAUUGCAAUUUAUUGAGACCAUAUUUUGAGAGCUUUUUUCUGUUAUUUUAGGCGUUAUCAGCAUUGUAAGCAAAGUUGACCGUGAAACGAAACCCGAUGGCUAUUCAUUAAUUGUCACUGCGAGGGAUCACGGGUACCCCAUUCCUCAGUCUUCCACGGCCUUGGUUAACGUAACAGUAUCUGACGUAAACGAUAAUGCUCCUCGGUUUGAUAAAUUUACGUAUUUGGCCGAAGUCAGAGAGGACAGUGAUAUCAGCAUGGUUGUUACCGUAGUUCAUGCGGUGGAUGGCGAUGAAGGACUGGCUGGGGAGAUUGUAUAUUCCAUCACAGGUCUGAUAUUUUACCAACGAUUUGCAAAAUCUGUUUUCAAAGCUUCUGAAACAACUAGCAACGAGGUAAAGCAAACUUAUCAGCCAAUUAGACUUUGUUGCUUCACCGAUAUGAUUUCAUACGAGCAACUUGCAAAUAUCCAUACAACAACAAAAACUAGAAUUUCUAUGCUGCAUAAAGUUAAAACAUAUACAUUCACCAAAACAGUAUAUGAUUGGGAUCGUAGAUUCUUGGUGAUUUCUUUUAUUUUGCUUGAAAUACUACAUUUUGCUUAACAUGACCACGCGGAGAGGCGACCACAAAGAUCGGUCAAAUUGAUUUGCAUUCAAAAUACUAACAACCUCAGGGAUUCUAUGCCGAUUGGGAAACGUGAAUCAUGAAUCAAUUUUGUUUAAUUGCUGGUGCAUUUUGGGACUAGCGCUUCCUUGAUUUUAGCUGACAUUUCUAUUGUUGUUGGUUUUUCGUAGCCGGUAACGAUGGAAGCGUGUUCUCCAUUGAUUCGUCUGGAAAUAUAACAGUUGCUAAGAAGUUGGACAGAGAAAUGAAGAGUGCUUACGAACUGACAGUUGCUGCUCGUGAUCGUGCAGGUAGGCCAACGAAUAAGAGUUUAUCUAGUCAAGGUAAAAUGUUCUGGGUUAUGGUAUAUGUAAAAAGGUUUCGGUGUAAUAAAGGAAUAAAGGGCGUACAUUUCUAAAGACACUGUGGUACUGCGUCGGUGGGAGAAUAUAACGGGGUAAUUUAGCAUUGCCAACUGAGUUGAUAACGUAAAUUGGCCACCGUAAAUAAUUUAAAAGCUGUGUUUAAAAGCGUUGUAACAGACACGUUUUGCCCCCAAAACGUUCUUUUCAUGUCAUUUACAUGUUUUUUCAGGUGAACCUAAAUCUACAAGUGUUGAAGUGGAUAUCAACAUAGCUGAUGCCAAUGACAAUCCACCAUUCUUCCGCGCACUACCGCAAACCAUUCUGAUCAGCGAGUCCGCACUUCCCGGCAUGCCUGUCUACACGUUGAUUGCCGAUGACCCCGAUGUUGGCACCAACAAAGUUCUCACCUACGCAGGGAACUCACCUGAGGGAAAAUUUGCAAUCAACGCAAAAACUGGAGUAAUAACAACAAUUGGAAAGUUGGACUACGAGAAACAACGGAAGUAAGUGAGGCAAUAUUUGCGUCCUAGACUCCUGGUAGGAGGUAGGAGGUUGGUAGGAGUCACAUGAUAUUUCAAUCAAAUGCUACUAACUUUUUGCGCAUAAACACACAUUUAUAGUCGUCGGAAUUUCAUCCAGCAUUUUCAUCCCCGAUUUUUUCUUCCUCUCUAGUUACACAUUCUAUGUCGUGGCAAUGGAUCAAGGCACUCCACCGCUUAAUAGCUCUACACUUCAUGUAAACAUCUCCUUGGUAGAUGAAAAUGACAACAAUCCCCAAUUCGAGAAGCCCAUGUAUAGUGUGGAGGUCUGGGAGAAUGAGACAAUCGGUGGUCACGUGGUUCAGGUCAAGGCGACAGAGAAGGACUCGGCCAUUGGUUCUCGUAUUGGGUAUAACAUCUCGGCUGGUGAUCCAUAUGGACAGUUUAAGAUAUUUUUCGACUCGGUAAGUCGAACACUUGCAGCUUUGAACAAAAAUCGCCAUCUUCAGAUCUACACUGAUUUUCCGCCAAAGUGGCAUACUGAAAAACUAAAACUUCAUUUUUUUAAAUAGGGAAUCAUCGUAGUUCAGAAGCCUCUUGAUAGAGAAAUUAUACCAAACUAUACGCUUCGUGUGACGGCUACAGACAACGGGAACCCGCCUCGGUACGGUGAAACAUCGGUGAGUAACUCUAUAGGGUUAACUUGCUGUUAGAAUGUAGGUUAGCAACUAUAAAAACAGAUACGUUGACUUUUAAGACAUCGUCCAAUUCUUGUCUACAGUGAGGUCACUCUGUGCCAGUGGGGCCUAUAAUAAAGUUUGUUUUACGUUAAGACCUUGUACUACUUUCUUGGCUGAAGACCGGUGGAUAUUAAAAUUUAAUUUGAUAAAAUCAAUUUGUUUCAGGUGACAAUUUUGCUGAAGGACAUAAAUGACCGCACUCCAGUUUUUAAAUUCCAAGAUUAUCAGGGUGAAAUUUCAGAAGACAGUUCUGUAGGGACCACUGUGACAACAGUAGAAGCGACGGACAAAGACAGCCUGGAGAAUACAAUGGUAUUAUUGCGUUUAACCUUUUCCACAACAAACGGUCUUUAAGAAGUUGACUAGAAAUUAUAUAUAAUACAUUAUGGUCUACCACUUGGUGAACUGCAAUUAAAGCAAUGGCAGAGAAUGAAGAAGAGCUAAAAAGAAUGUCGACUUCGUCAUGAAUGGAAUCCGUACCUUGCUACCAGUUGAGCUCUACUGUUAAGUGAAUUGCAGAAGCCAUAUGUUGGAAACGGGGCUGAUUCAGAAUGCCCACCAGUUUUUUUUCCUGGAGAAUCUUGUAAUGUUAACCAGGUCUCAAUCAUCACAUAUGGUAGGGUUUAUCUUUCAAACAUUAGUUUAGCAAGUUGCAAUUUGGAAUAUGGACAAAAAUUUUCACUAUUUCUUGUUAGCUAUUGAAUUACCGACCUGAAAAUCAAAAUUUGGCUCCGGUUGCCUGGAAGUUGGGCAACUCCAAAUGAGGGUAUGUUAAGAAAUUUAAAAUUUCUUCUCUUUAAAAGCGUGUAUUAGCUAAAGGCAGAACUAAGGGAUAAUGUGAUUGAAGCAGGAAAAACUUUCUAGAAAGCCACGAAACGAUUUCCAGAAAUCCUAGGUUAGCUUCGCUGGUAAUAUUUCUGGUUUUCUGUUAUUCCAGCUCACUUACAGCAUUCUGAGUGGGGAUCCAAAUGGCAACUUGGGCAUGACAACAUUCAAAAGUGGCGGGAAAUACCUUGGGGUGGUAACCGUGGCAAAGCCCCUGGACCGGGAAACAAAAGAUCUUUACAAACUAAUCGUAAGUAGACCAUGAUAUUGAAUAUUUGCUCUAUUUAUAUCAUAGCUUGCGUUCUCAGUCUAGUUACUCUUGCUCUUGAUUGUGGAACGAGGGGUCCGUUUUGAGCCCAGGAUGACGUUACUUUGUUAUGUUCAUGGGAAAGAAACUUUAAGACCUAACUAAUCCUCCUCUCACCACGAUAUGAUAAAAUAUUUAUCGGUAAACUGCUGAGGAAAAAACAAACUAACAAACAAACAAAAACCAAAAAAAAAAAAAAGGAAAAAACGAUCAAAUGGCAAAACCAUCCAUCCAUGCUAAGGUCCUUGAUGCUCCGGAAAUCGGGUGGUAAGCUCCAACAAUGGUGGUGCUCUUUACGGCUCUUAAAUUUUCAAAAAUGUUUAUCACACCUUUUGAGUAACUUGCUUGACUGUAAUUCUCUCCAUUCGUUUUAGAUAUUUGUGUCAGACGGUCUCCACAACAGUAGCGUGAUGCUGGACAUUCGACUCAUAGAUGUAAAUGAUAGGAAUCCGGAGUUUAAUUCCUCAGUUCACUAUUCAGCAUAUGUACCGGAGGUGAGAGGCAAGAUCAGUACCUGAUUGCAUGAUUCUUUACAACGUUUGAGUAUCUGAAACGACGGUUAGAGCGCAAUUGCUCAAAUAAGGAAUAGUUUGUCUUUAAUUAACUUUUCCUAUUUUAAACUCGCUCUCAUUCUUCUGUGAUUUUCAUCUGAUCGAAGACUGUAUGUGAAGUAGAUUCAUGUGAAUACAAAUAUCGAUUUUCGUUCAAACAACCUAACACAAGCAAUCUUACACACGGAGCGUUGCUACUGGAAUUUACUUGGGUUUCUCUUCAGAGCAGAUUCAAGGAAGUCAGUUACAAUGAUGAAAUAAGUGUUAGAGAAAUUUUGCGAACCUGAGAAAUAAAAAAAUUUAUGAAGAGCGGCGCCUAAAUCGUCGUUUGCUCCUAUUCCAUUUGCUAUUGUCAAAUUCUUUCGUGUCGCACACAGAGGUUCUAAUUUUCCUUUCCUUUGGUAGAUGUCACCUAGUGGACUGUUUGUUCUCCGUGUGCGGGCAAGUGAUGCGGAUCUCGGUGACAAUGCAAGAAUGACUUAUAGCCUUGAAGGUAAUGCUAGCCUUACCGAUUUGGUCACUACGCAAAGAGUCAACUUUUUUGUUUGCUUACUCAAUGAGUUUGUCAAUUUUGUGCGUCAAACCCGGUUAAAGCUCUGGUAUAUUCGUUGAGGAAUAAAAUUACCCAAGCAUCUCUAGGACACUCUAGGCUAAGUGUAUGGCUUGCGAUGAACGCAACAAAGGUAUCAUCCAAAAUAACCUCGUACUAAACGUUAAUUUGAUUGUUGCACUGUGAUACACUAAUAAAGAUUUGUUAUAAUUUUACCGUGACAGGAUCAGAUGGUAAAUUUAUUGUUGAUGCAAACACCGGUGAAAUUAGGACAGGUCCAGCGUCUCUUGACAGAGAGGAAAAGAGUCUUUAUCGAAUGACUGCUGUGGCAACCGACACAGGAAACAAGCAGGUGAUGAAGAAAUUUAACUGAAAAUUUUCUGACUUUCCUCUGAAAAAGCACCUCUACUGAGUUCCUUUCAGUAAUGAAAUUUAUAAGUUUUGGUUCAUUUCAACUGACAAUUUUUAAUGACCAUGUUUACUUCAGAAAAAAAGCCUACUGCGAUGAAAGAAUCGCGAAAAAUUCAGUUUUAAAAUUUUUUGCCCUCUUCAUUUACUAGGGUCGCAAGGAAGUAAUUGUUCAUGUAACUGACAUAAACGACAACUCUCCAGAGUUUGUUCGACCAAUCAUGACGGUGACGCUUACAGAGGGCAACGACACGGCGGGAAUAUACGUGAUACAAGUGAAUGCUACUGACUUGGAUGCUGGGGAAAACAAAAACAUUACGUAUUCUAUCAGUGGAGGAAAUCUGGGAGAUGUCUUUCUUAUUGAUGGAAAUACGGUAAGAUGAAAGGAGCCAUAAAAUAUAAAAUUUGUAAAGGCUUUGAGCGGAAAAUCUUGUUUUUAUUUGCAACGCAAGUGUAGGUUUAUUUUCAUGUACGAACAAAUAGUUCAGUUGUGCAGGUUUAGUCAAUCAUUUUACGAGGCCAGAUAUUACGAGCAGGAUAGGAGACCUUAGACUAGGCUGCUUAGGGGAUCAAGCUAAGUUGUUUCUAUUAAGAGAAAAAAAAACAAAGUCACCUACACCGUCAGAGCCUCUUCCCCAUAUCUGCGCCCUUGGAGUCUGCAUGCCAUUAUUUUAAAGUUUGUGUGAAAAUGGAAGGUCAAACUGAUUUCGUCAACGAUUACGAUAAGCAGUCUCUCCUUUUAUUUUAUCUUUAGCAGAUACAUAUGAACGCAGUGGAAAGCAAACAUUUGAUCGAAUUUAAUAGAAGCUUGGAAUUUUUCUUGAAAUAAAUAAUAUUAAGUUUAAUCUUCACUCAUUAUUCACAUAUGAAUAUGGAAGAAGGUUGGUCUGUUUGUUAUGUUUAUUCAGGGUGUGAUCACGACUAGCAAAGACCUUGACCGGGAGGCGCCUGGAGUGGCAGUCGACGAGGACGGUAGAGGCGUUUAUACGUUAUUGGUUGAUGCCACUGACCAUGGUUCACCUAAACAGCGAACUACUGCUACGGUAAUUUCUCAAAGCUCCUUUGUUUAUGAGGUCUUUAAAAUUAUAUUACAUUUACAUGAUCCUCGUACAUGCAUUUAUUGAUAAACGUUUUGAUGGCUCUGCGGUGCCUAGUAGUUUUGCCGUUAAUGGUAAUCAAAACUGAUCCUUUUCCUCCAUCUACAUUUUCUUCAGCUCUUUUAUUUCGUGAAGUUUUUUGUCUCAGUGUGGUUGUGUAAAAGGAUAAUGAAACAUAAAAUUAUUUUUUUUUUCGAUAUAGAAAGGCGUUUUGAAAAUCUGACUCGAGUGACUAUGAUUCUAUCACUAUCAUCGACAACAGUUCUUUAUAGCGCUAAAACAACAGUCACACUUCACUUUCGAAAACCUUUUAAUCCGCAGACUGUAAGUUUACAAUCGAAGUUUAAAUAAAAAAUAUUCUGAGAGCUCAACUAUGGUUGAUUUUGUAUAUCUUAUAGACAAUUAAUUAUUACAAAGAAUUGUUUGCUUGCUUAUCGAUACUAGAAACUCUCCUCUUCAGGUACGUGUGCUCAUUGAGGAUAUAAACGACAACACACCGUUUUUCCCACCCAAUGGAUACAAUGUUAAGAUAUCGGAAGGAGCCAAAGCUGAUAGUGACGUCAUUGCUGCAGUGGCUGUUGACCCGGAUGCUGGAAAUAAUGGAAAACUUGUAUACGAGUUGAUAUCCGGUAACACAGGAGGUAUGUUCGUGCUCUUUCUAAUUUGUAGUUGUUGAUGCAUGCGAUGAGUUCCAAAAAUUGAAUUCUUCGGUCUUUGAACCAAUACAGAUCUUCAAUCAUUUUUUAACUCCGAUUUUCCUGGUAUUUACCCUAUCUAAUGUUUAUUGUCUAUCACAUCGUACGAGGGACUUGUGCACAUUACUGACGUUUGACUGACGUUUCGAUUAACUAACGGAAAGUCUUUGCCAACUUCAAAAGGAGAAACAUGUACUAAUGAAACUAUCACACACAUAACAUAAUUGAACCCUUCCUUUUUUUAAAAGGCGAUUUCUCGCUGGAUCCUCAGACAGCCAUGAUCAAAACUCGUAAGAAUCUUGAGCGUCAACAGACAUUUUCAUACACUCUAACUAUUGGUGUGUCGGAUCAAGGGAAACCUUCACGAAUUGCAAAGGUAGGUACAGAUUUUCUAGCAUCUUUCACCAGUCUUCAGUCAUUUCCUAAGUAAACGCGCUAAUUUUUUUUAACACACUUGUUCCCUUGCUUCACUCUACAUGGCACUCCAGUUAAUUUUUUGUAGCACUGAAGCUAGAAAAGGGCGCAUCUAUAAAUCAGUGUUGCCACCAAAGGUCCACAUACAAAGGGCAUUUUUAUUCGAUUUAGUCAUCUCCAAUUUUUCAAAAUACUUUAUACAUAAUUCUAAAUUUUUUCUUUUUAUAAAACCGUCAAAAUUCUUAAUUUACGCAUUUAUUGUGUUUGCUUUUUGUGCUCGGGAGUCUUUAGAUCAAUACGUUUUAACAGUACUGUGUGGAGCAUUCAUUUCCAGAUCGUUAUGCAUUUUACUCAUUUCAGACACAGGUAUACAUCGAAGUUGGUGAUAUUAACGAUAACGACCCGGUGUUUGAUCCGGUAAACUAUACCGUGUCUGUGUACGAAAAUUCGCCCAUGGGAACGCCGUUGAUAAAUGUAACAGCAAAGGAUGCUGACAGUGGUCAAAAUGCUCGGAUUACCUACAGUGUCACAGAAGGGGAUCCUUUUUCUGUAUUUGCUGUUGAUACACAGGUACACCAAUAGUGAUGUGUGUUUGGGUGACAAGAGGCAAAAUUUUAGAAGGGAAUCUAUGUAGUUUUUCUAUGAAAGAUUUGACAAGUGUGGUGGAAAGCGAUCAGUUUUAUAGUUGGAUUGAUAGAUUGAAAUUGCGCAAAUUUCCCUGUCUCUGAAAGAAAUCGAUAGAGAAGGUGAACUAAAGAAAUGGGUUGGUAUAGGAGAGUGAAAAAAACAAACACACCAUCAAACAAAGGAAGAGCAACGAAUUAACAAACAAUAUAAUUUGAUUUUAUCAACUGAGAACAACUCUAGAGCAACUUUUUUUUUUUUUCAAAUCGGCACUCUUAAUCCCCACGUUAUCGACACUUGCUUUUCAUCCAACUCAUUUAUUCUUGUUUUUCUCUUUACUAUUUCCUCACCAAUAGCGUAGCUUCUUUUUCUCCAUAUAAACACAUACACAACCCACAAUUCCUCCAUUCGCUCCGACGAAGGGCUAACGCUCGAAACGUCUGCUUUGAAACUCUUAACGGUGGCCAAUUUACACGAUCAACUCAGUUGAUAAAACUAAAAACUAAAAUUAUCUUGCCAUACUCUCUCACCUUCGCAGCACCGUAGUUUUUUUUUGAAAACUUACCCCCUUUAUUUUUAUCAGCAAACAACAAACGCUGAAGGCAUGUCGUGUGAAUUGACUUAAUUUUCUGCCUAAGAAAGUGGGAUAUACAUAAAUAAACUUUCACUAGUAACCCUUGGUAAUGAGGUUAUUCUUUUCUGAUAAAUCUUUUACUUUAUGUGAGUAGAUACUUAAAAAAUACGAGGGUAAAUCAAAUAAGGAUGAUUUAAUCAUUUUAUCCUAGAUUAUGGAAACGCUCUCGUUCUUGCACUUUUCUCGUAGGAAAGUUACGGAACGGUUAAGGUCAAAAGUCAUGUUGAUCGAGAGCAAACGAAUAACUACAUUUUAACUGUGACUGCAGCCGAUGGAGGAGUUCCACUCAGUAGAAAGGUGAUGUUGAAGUAACGAUAUUCUGCACUAUUAAGCUAGGUGUCGAGAGUAAUUUGGGUGUUGCCGCCAAAAUUAUUUGGUGUUUAUUUUAACGUUAUUCCUUGUUUUGCCUUUUUCGUUUUUUAAUUAAGUUCUUUCGUGUUCACGAACAUUAAGCAAUUAGUAAAUUCGAAUCAGGUUGUAAAUCUACUCAAAGGGACGUUAUUACUUACAAUAACCAUAUCAGCUACAUAGAGCGAUGGAAUUUUUCUCCUCGUUGAAUUAAAAUAUUUUCAGUGGUACUCAUCAUGCAAAGGGUGAUGUUAGUCUACAUAUUUCAUUUAUAAAUUUAUUUUGAUGGCAAUGUAUAUGUUCUUGAAGUUGUUUGAUUCAAUCCUGUGUUUCUUUGCAGGCCUUUGCUACAGUGUUUGUAACAGUACUAGACAGGAACGACAACACACCAAAGUUUUCUCAAGCCAUGUAUACAGGAGACAUAAUGGAAAACUCCAUUGCUGGGACGUCGGUGAACAUGGUUAGUACAGAUACCUCGUGACAACUUUUUGAAGCGGAAUGAGUUCAUGUACACGACAAACCUUUUUCCUAUAGGAUAGAUUUGUAAGUUUGGAAUUUUUCAAUACUGUGGUUUUGCUUGACAAAAAAUUAGAGGCUGUUUGGCGUUCAAGCUAUUGAUCGAAUUGAAUUAUACUUCAUUCACUUAUUUAAAUUCCAUGAAGAACAUUGUCAUAAACCGGAAAGCUAUUAAACGCCUCAAAUUCCGUUUUUUGUUUUCCUGAUAAGUUGAGGAGCAUGUAUAAACUCUUCAUGUUGUAAUAGGUUCCCAUAAUCAGCCUCCAAUGGAUAAAGGGAGUGUUUUUUUCAAUACCGAUGCAUUUACAUGUCUGCACAAUGUAACUGUAAUCGUAAAAGCUGCAAUUGCUAAGUAAUACGUUUUGUUGUUAUCGCUAGUAUUUGUUAUUAUUUAUAGUAUUAUAGGUAUUGCUAAUUUUGUAUUAUAUGUAGCUGUGGCUUGUAAGUAAUGUCCACAUUGCAUUGUAAAUAAUUUAAGUGCAUUGCAAAAUAAAAUUAAAAAAGAAAUAUAUUUGCUUGGCUAUUACCUUAUUGGUUCCAAUAAGACGCAUUUGGUCAUGUUCACUGACGAAUUUACUCCUGUGCAGUCGGAAGGUGAAAUCAGAGAAUACUAGGCUCGUAUCACAAAAGUUAUUCAGACGUUUUGUCCCACACUCCUUACAAUUUUUGAAAUCCAUCUUUAUUAUUUUGCAUUUUUCCGCAGCACCAAAAGAUCAAGGCUACAGACCCCGACGAAGGUCAAUACGGAGAGAUUCGCUAUCACCUUAAUGGCUCCGAAAGACAUCAGUUUGCCAUUGAUCCAAUAACAGGAAUCAUAUCCACGCGAAAAUUUCCUCUACCAACACUGGACCAUGAGAGGAUUGUAAACUACUCCUUUUACGUGGUAGCUGUAGAUGAGAAAGGCUUUGGACAUGCGUCAUCCGUACCUGUUAAGGUACAAGUCAUAGACGCUAACGACAACGUUCCCAGAUUUGAACCCACGACGAAAAGUGCAACUAUCAGUGAGGAUUCUCCAGUUGGUUUUUCAGUGACAAAGGUUUUUGCUGUAGAUCCGGAUCAUAAUCUUAACGGAAAAGUGUCUUAUUCAUUGAUUUCUGGUGCAGAUGGAAAAUUUGAGAUUGGAAGAGGCGACGGGGUUAUUCGCGUAAUUGGCGAUCUGGAUCGAGAAAUGAAAGAAGGUUACGUUUUAAAUGUUUCAGCUUUAGAUGGCAGUUAUUACCCGCUAGAAGGAUUUGGUACUGUCUUUAUUACAUUGUCAGACGUGAACGACAAUAUACCGAGAUUUGAUAAGUUGGUCUACAAAGUUACAAUCUCAGAAGAGUCUCCAGUCGGUAGUUUGCUUGUAAAUCUUACUGCCAACGAUCCAGAUCACGGAAUAAACUCUGAUAUUUCUUACUCCAUGAACCACCCUAUGUUUAAGAUUGAUCCCAAAACAGGGAGCGUGACAACCACAAAGGAACUGGAUCGAGAAACUAAAGACACGUAUUCAUUCAUCGUACGUGUUCAAGAUGGUGGAGGUCUGGAAUCAAGUGUAGCUGUAAAUGUGGUGAUAUCAGACACAAAUGAUAAUUCUCCGUAUUUCCUAAGCGAGAGGUACAAGACCGACGUUAUUGACAAUACACCAGUUGGUACCAUAGUGUUAUCAAUUGUUGCAGAAGAUAAGGAUGUCCAUCAAAAUGCCCGUAUUGUAUAUACCAUUGUUGAUGCGAAGGACGACUUGUUUAGUAUCGACUCAGAAGACGGGUUUAUAAAGUGAGUUGAAGACAUAUUUUUUAAAAAUUUUUUCCCGCAAACGCUUACAUACAAUAUCAGUGAUUGGCCUGGAAAGCAGUCAUUUAUUAAAUGAUAAUUUUUUCAUUUUAUCUUACCUCGUGUCAUUUAUUUAAUCAUGUGUUUCUUGCUAUUGUCAAAUGGAGUACACUUGAAGUAAUGAAAAUGAUAUUUCAACACCCAAAAGUAACGAAAGAUUUCUAGGAACACAUAGAAAGUUCCCAAAAGUAUCGUAAAGAAUUCAGCUCUACUGAGAUGUCCAAAGGCAUUCAAACUACAGCCAACUGAUCACAGUUGCUCUCUGAAUUACUAAUGAUAUUCGGGCUUAUCUUAUGUGGUUCAAAUUGGAUUGCUUGUUAUUUUUCAUCCAGCUUCCCUGACGGUCCAACUACAUUUCAGGUUCAUUUUUCCUUUCAGGGUUCACAAGCCAAUCAAUCGUAUCGAUCUUCUGCGACGUGAUGUGAUCGACGUCAAUGGCUCCUUUAUUUUCAAGGUGGUAGCACGUGAUCACGGAAUAGUUUCUCGGUCGUCCAAUAUCACUGUAGAGGUGAACAUAGUCGAUGCAGGCGAUGACAGUCCUGUGUUUAACAGGUAAAGUCAGCGUAAGCCAUUGACUUACCGACUUCAGAAUCGAUCGAAAAAAACUUUGGACUGACUGCACCUAUUGACAGACAUGAUUCAAUUUUACAGUUUCAGAAAGUUAAACGCAACGAGCUUAGGGGUGUUUCUGUUCAGCGGUAAAUCUUUUGAAUGCAGGCUCACAUGUAAGGUCUUCGAGUUUACGAGCAAUCUGGAAGCCGCUUUUUCGGCAGUCCUGUAGCGGUUGUUUUCAAUUUUCACCCACACGUUUCCUUCUUCCCUUUUGAUCAAAUCGGUGUUGAUGGGUACCUGGAAUGGGGGGCUCAUGGCUGGUUUUGGGAAAUUUGCCUGCCUCGGGAGCAUUAUUCCAUCUGCUGGCUAACUACCGACGGUAAAAGCUCCCGGGAUACCUCAAGAACCUGCCCUCUAUUUAAGCGAGGCAACAGUUUUUUACUAGACUUCUAAAAUAGUAGACUGACGGACUGAUAAACGAAAAGUGAUCCAGUUACAGACUGACCGACGGAUUUUAUAUCUCAGUGACCGACGCACUUAAUGAAAAAAAAAGAAAAAAUUAAUCAACAAAGUAGUUGUGAGUCGGCGUUUGAAUGUGAAUAUCGCUUGAUGGUUUUUAUUUUAUUUGCAUCGUAGAUCAUCUUAUGUAGUUAAUGUUACGGAAAACCAAUCACCGGGGACCGCGAUUUUGCAAAUUAUGGUUUCAAAGCACAGACCAGGAGCGGUCAUUACAUACAGUAUUGUAUCCUUACAGGACGAAUUCCAGAUUGACCAAAGCACGGUAAGGCUACUCUUUCUAUUAUGCUAUACAAAUGAAGAAUGAGAUAUCAGCCUUCCUUUACACACUUGGAAAGUACGAGAAAAUUUUUGCAUCUAACAAAAAUGGCAUUUGCUAACUUCCUUACAGGGUGAAAUUUCAACAUUGGUUAUUUUAGACAGAGAAGUACGAGAGGAUUUUGUGUUCACCGUUCAAGCCAUGGAUAACGGACACACUCCGCUCAGUGGCUACACUUCGGUAAGAAAACAAUCAAGGGACGUACAGACGGUAGAUAAUUUGUGUUUUAAGUCUUAGAUAGCCGCUAUCUCUACCAAAAUAUUCCCAGUCAUUACAUUUGUAUUCGACUCCAGGCUUAGUUUAGUAACAGAAAGGGUAUAAGCUAGCUUCCAGACUAUCGUUAUGGCUUGAGAAGAUAAUUCAAAGUUAUCAAACCUUAUUCAAAAGGGAACAAAAUAAAUUUCCUCGCUUUUUUUCGUCGCUGUCCGUGUAAAGGUGGUACUAUAUCUCUAUUUUCGUGAGAAUCAAGCUAUGCAUUACACUAGAUCUCUAGAAAUCUUGAUCCAGAUUUCAAAGUCUAGGCCCACUAUAAGCUUUGUAUUAAAGCUUCUUUCUCUUUUAAGGUGACCGUCCAUGUGACUGAUGAAAACGACAACGCUCCUCGCUUCCAGUUCCUUUCUCCUCACAAAAUGACCGUUAAGGAGGAUGUCCCUCUCGGAACAAGGGUCUGUCGUGUGGAAGCGCUCGAUAGCGACGUUGGGGAGAACGCUGUAUUUGAGUACGCUAUCACCCAUGCGAAUAUUGGUAAGACAGACAUUUACCAGAUAGAAACUAAUAACUUACCUUCGGGUAGUACUGAACGUGCCUUUUUACGGCGAGUGAUUGCCCUUUCAUAUUAUUUUCAGGCCCGGGGCAGUCAAUGAUCUCGGUUCACUCAGACUGCGAAACUCCCUUAGGACUGGAGAAUGGUGAAGUCAAAGCCAGCGACACCCAAGCCACGAGUACUUACACUCUUCCUAACGAGGAUUACUCACCAACACUGGGGAGACUUAAUAACAAAGUUUUUAACCAGUUUGGGAUAUCUUACAAAGGUGAAAAGACUAUAUAUAAGGAUUGUUCACCAGUAGCAUUGCUUCACGUUUGUGAUUGAAAAAAAGAGAAGAAUGUGGAACAAAUUAAGUAUCAAUGAGCGCCAAAGAAUAUACCCUCAACUGACAAACUUUAGAUAUUGUUGAUUUUCUUUUAACUUUUUGAUGAGUUGAAUGAGUCAAAGGCUUUUCGGGUUAAGUUCCGAAAAAAUAAAAAAUAAAAUCUCAGAGGCUAUGUUAAUAAUAAGAAGUAAACUUUGUUUACUUCAAAGUCUAUAGUAGUAUCACCUACCUAUUAAAAAGGCAAAAGAAAAAAAAACCAGCAACAACGUCGACAACAAUAAUCGAGUGAGGUAGCUACACUUUCUUUGUCUCAUUUUUUCCAGGGGCUUGGUGUGCAGCCACGAAUAACAAGCAACAAUAUCUGCAGAUUGACUUUCGAGGAAUGCGAAAAAUUACAAAAGUUGCCACACAGGGGAGGCCUGGAUCCAACGAUUACGUUGAAACUUACAAACUGUCGUUCAGUUUGGACGGCAACUCAUUUGAAUUUCACAGAGAGGUAAGACAGAAAGUCAAAGGGAAAGCAGGUACCACAACGUCCUCACAUCAUAUGCAACUUGUUUUCUUGUAAAACUUGAGACAGUGAUUUACAGUCAUGUGCAAGUACGUUUUUCAAGGUCAUAGCGUUUCUGAUAUCAUGGUUUGCUUUGCAGGUUUUUCAGGGCAACGAAGAUGGUGAUAGUACCAACACGAAUCGUGUUCUUCCUCCAUUUCACGCGCGCUACGUGCGAGUUCAUCCUCAGUCAUGGAAUGUCAGGAUUUGCAUGAGACUGGAACUUUACGGCUGCGAGUCCACCGGGAAAGACGAAGGUAACCUGGCCUCUUAAAUGCACUGUCGUCAAACCCUCUUGGUCAGUGCAAAUGUUUAUUUGGAUCCCUUGGAAUCAAUUUCAUUCAAAUUGAUUCAAUUUAUGCAAAAAUUUCACGAUAUCGAUUAAAAUAACGUUGUGUGAACAUUUUUUUUUUCAAUUUUAGUUACUCUGCCUUUCAUCAUUGAUCCAGACACUGGUUAUGUUAGUACUUCAUAUAGUCUGGAUCGUGAAUUGCAAGAAAAGUAUAUCCUGACUGUGGAGGUAAGAGUGAAGUGUGAUGAUUAUGAAAGACUUUGACAGCAUGGUCGAACGCUCGCAACUUUGAAAGGGCUAAAUAGAAUAUAUGGAGGCUUAAGGUUCUAACGUUAAGAUUCUAGCAUGGAAACGAGACCGGAUGGUCAAUUUAGAGAGCCUCAGUACUACUGUCAAUCUUAAAGGCCUCAGUUUUACUAACCUCAGCUAAAUUGAACACACCUGUAUAAUUAUGACCGACAAAUGAAUAAUUAAAUGAAUAUAUAUAUGUAUGAAUAAAAAAAUAAAUUAAUGAGCAACGGCUGCAUUCUCAUCUGCCUCCCGUGUGCUUAAUUAUGCAACGAGAAGCACGACAUCAAGAAAUGACACGUUGUAAUAGAUUUUUGCUUUGUUGUCCUCUCAGGCUAAAGACAAAGGCAGCCCUCCUAUGAGAAGCAAUACAACUCUUGAAGUCCUAGUGAUAGAUACCAACGAUAAUCCACCAGUAUUCACACAACCAGAAUAUACUGCAUUAGUUCCUGAAAACGCAUUCGGUGGAUAUCAGGUUUGUUAUCAAGAACAGCUGCACUAACAACAUGUGAUUUCAGGUUGUGCAAGGUAACUUUGACCUAAUUAUUUCCGUUUUGUUAGGUGAUAAGAGUCACAGCUCUGGACGCUGACGAAGGUAACAACGCUGCUGUAUCUUACAACAUCGUCGAUGGUGCGGGCGGCAAGUUCAUUAUUGAAGGUAAGAUUAAAACUUAAUUUCUUGUGAAAGUGGUGGGAAGUUUGAGUUUUCAUCAACUGAAUUCUUUGAAAAUUUCCUUUAGAAAAAUUGCACGCGGCCGUCGCUUAGAGCAUAAAUUUUCUAUUCUGUAGAUCUUCAAGGCCACUCUUUCAGCAUUCUGAUAAAAAAUGCGACAAAAGUUGCCUUCGAAGGACCGUUGGUCUUGAAACAGCAGGACUUUUUGACAGAAGUAUAAGGCAAUUUGGCAAAUUGUGCGCUUGAAAUUCUUCUGUUGCACACUUUGACAGUUGAUGGUAAACCGCGUCGCUUGAUUGUUUUGUUGUUGUUGUUGUAGUAGUUUUUGAAUAUGUUCUUAAAUAAUCUAGAAAUUUUAGCUUAAAGUAACUUGAAGAGACAAAGGACGCCUCAAAUGUUGUUGCUACUACUAUUAAUUUAAGUUUUUAUUUUUUUAAUAGAAUCAUCAGGCAUAGUUCGUCCCUCCGGUCGUCUUGACUACGAACCUAUGGGGGACAAAUUUUACUUGCUGAAUAUUUCUGCAAGAGACCGCGGUCAGCCACAGUUCACGUCCUAUGUUCUCCUGAACAUUACCGUCACGGACUUCAAUGACAAUCAGCCUCAAUUUUCACAAAAUUCCUAUACUUUGCGUGUGUCAGAGGAUACUAGAGUAAAUUCAUACUUUGAUCAGAUCACUGCUACCGAUGAAGAUACUGGAGCAAACGCAAAGGUGACGUGCGGCUUGCAGUUCCAGAGCACUGGUCAUUCUUCCUUUCGUGGAGCUUAGUUAACCAGUGUUUAUAAACCUCUGAUUCUUAGAAAAGAAGACCCAUAAUCUUGAAAAUUUACGCUUAAGUUAGGUCGAGAGAGUAGGCCCCGCGGAUUCAAAUCGGAGACCUUCCCAAUUCGCCAAACACUUGAUGAUAUGAUUGACGACGAAUCUCAGAGAUUAUCAUUCUAUCAUUGAAUCACCUCUUAUUACAAUUAGUAGCUCAGUAUGUCAGUUGUUUGUCCGUCGAGAGCCACUUAUCACCAGCGCAAUAUUAAAUAUCACAGCUUGUGAGGGUACCGCCCUUUGGAAAAAUUGAUAGCGUGUGCAACCGCAUUUAAACCUCUUUCAGUCAAUAUGUAGCUAGUAGUGUACUGUCUAUGAUUCCCUCUCAAGUUUUUAGCGGUUAGGAAGAAUCCAAACAAUGCAGGCAGGAAGGUAGAAUUUACCCUGGAAAAUGUCAUUUCAGUCGAAAUCGAUAACUUUCAAGCUCACGGAGUGGACACAUUCCGAUUCCCUUAUUAUUCUUUAUUUAAAUCCUAGAUCACCUAUUCUCUCAAGGAUGACAUGGGAACAUUUUUCAUUUCUCCUGAAACGGGACAGUUAAACCUUCUUCAGUCGCUAGACCGAGAGAAAAAGGACCUUUAUCGGUUAACUCUUGUGGCCACUGAUAAUGGGGCCCAUAGGCUUUCAUCUGAAGCAGAGGUAAUGGUCACCCAUAUCGCAGUCUUAUCCAUACAAACACGUAAUUAUUAUGAUCUUCCCUAAAAAUUUAAAUCUAAAGCUAAUGGUGGGUUCCAACGUCAGAAUUUGUUUUUUCGUAGGUGUUUGUCCAAGUCUUGGAUGUAAAUGACAAUUUUCCGAAGUUUACUCGCCGUUUAUAUGAGCGGAAGUUGGUAGAAAACGUAGCCGUCGCCACUGUUGUACAAGUCGUGCGAGCAAAUGAUGCUGACAUAGGCAAAAAUGGCAACGUGCGGUACACGAUCACAGCCGGAAACGAAGAUGGUAAUCGCUCCUAUCAUUGUGAGAGUAGACUUAAGUUUUUAUUUCAAAAUGAGCGCAUAAUUUGAUACUGAUUAUCACAUAUAUAUAUAUUGUAGUAUGCAAGCUAAUUGCCUUAAGCUUCAGAGCUAGUGCAGAGAAUCUGAUAAAUUAUCUGGAUUCCACAUACCAUUUUUCUGCAAAACAAUGACGUAGCUAAGAAUUGAGCCGAGACUGGCUUUGGAUUCUGAGUCGGAGACGAAGCGCGCCUACCAUUACAUCAUUGCCUCCCAAAACGUUUUAGCCCGGUGAUGAAUACUCAUUAACUUAAAGGUUAAAAAUGACAAGCCAGUAAUGAUUCUAACUUUCAUUUCAAGGACUCUUUUCAAUUCAUGAAAUUACCGGAGAGAUAAGUGUGGCAAAACCCUUGGAUCGUGAGGCGAACAACUCCUUAAAAAUUAGCGUGUUCGCUGAGGAUGGUGGGGAACCUAAGAAAACCGACCAAUCCGAAGUUGAAUUUGUUUUGACUGACGUGAAUGACAACUCACCCGUCAUAAGACCGAAGAAGAGCAAAGCCUCAGUCUUCGAGGUAAUUAAAUAACUUGUAAAAUUAUAAGCACCAAAAGUUACAGAAGAAGCAUAUUGUAUAUCAUAAAGAAUGGACGGUGAGGGGUCUUACGUCAAUACUGUUGUCUAAGUUUUGCGAGUAAACGUAUUAUCACAUUGAUUAAAUUUCGUUCAUUAACUGCGGUGAAAUUUCUCUUGGGCUUAUUUAGAAUGUUAACACUGGGUCGUUUGUGUAUGAUGUCAAUGCCACUGAUGACGACAUUAUGAUGAAUGGGAGAGUGGAAUUUGCCAUCAUGCAUGGCGAAGAGGGGAAGUUUGUUAUUAAUGCUACUUCCGGAGUUAUAACAACCGCUGGUGCGCUUGACCGGGAGAAAAAGGACUGGUAUUCAGUAAGUAACCUUUUUUAAUCCCAGGAUGCUUGUCUGGGUGUUGUUAAGCCUUUCCGGUGUGAUGUCUUUUUAAGUUUUUGGAUUUUAAGCCUGGAUCAAUGGCUAAGCCAUCCACACCGAGAAACGCCUUUCAUAUGCACGUAAAGCGGGAUUUUGGGGGGAAUCAAAUGGAAUGGCCUUUUCAAUCGGAAAUAUUUCGGAAAUGAAAGAAAUACAUUUGAGGUAUUCUUUUUGGUUGUUUUAACGAAAUUUUUCUUUUGUAAAUGAAUACAAUCAAUCAGUUAGACUGUGAUGAUUUUAAGACUUAGCGAUCGCAUUCAUUGCCUCAGCUCAUCGUCAUGGCACGUGACCAGGGUACAGUUCCAUACAUGGAUUUCGGUACAGUUGAGGUGAAGAUACUUGAUAUGAAUGACAACACACCGCUAUUUACUACCGUAAGUUAACUUCUAAUCAUUUUUCUUGUUCCUAGCCGAUCAGUUGUGUGGGACUUUUGUACAGAAAUUUAGACUACCUAGAUUACUUCCACCUCGGUUUUAUUUCCUUUAACCUUUUGUUGUAUAAGUUUGUGGUGUUGCAAGUUGUGAUGAAGUGUCGCUCGUAGAAGGCCUUUCGUAAACCUUUGUGAAAAGGCGUCACCAUUGCCACCUAAGUCUGUGCACGGGCUUUAUAGUUUUAUAGUCAAGCGAGGAAACACGUCUGUUUUCUCCCCUAAUCCCAAUAUUUGGGUUCGGAAUCUUGAAACCUGUGUGUCCAUAAUUUUGUUUGCUUUUAAGACGAAAAAGCAGGGCUCGAACUUAACUUUUUUGUCUACUAGCAAAGUUUUGCUAGUAAGAUUUUUUUUACUAGCAAAAGAAGGAACCUAGUUUGCUAGAGGAUAUUUUUUAGACUCGCAACUUCGAAAAACCACUCGCAUUUUGCGAGUUUGCGAGUGCUAAUUUCGAGCCCUGAAAAGUAAUAAAAAAUAGAAGGAUUGUGAGUGGCACAUUAUCUUUUACCGUCCAGUAGAAGUAGGUCACUCAAGAAUCGAUAAUAAUUUAUGCAUUGUUUCAUAAAUAGGUUUCUUUCAAACUAAAUUGAAUUCUAAUCGGUCUGUAAUUGAUAUCGUUAGUACUAUGAUAAUUAUUAUUGUCGUUUUGUUCCUGUUAACUUAAUUUCGCAAUUCAAUAAUGAUGUACUUUAGUUUUCUAUGGAGACGUUGGUUUUUUUUCCUAUUGUAGACUUUCGGGCCCUUCUCGGCAACUGAAAACGAACCCGAGAAUACAACGAUAGGAAAGGUUUUUGCUGAGGAUAAAGACAUCGGAAAACAUGCUGAAAUAACAUAUUCAAUAACUGGUGCGAAUCAGUUAGUGGUAUUUACAUCACAUAUCCUAGUUUAGUUCGUACUUGUCAUUUUCGAGAGGAAAUUGUCGUUUAUGAAGAGUUAGGUACGCUUUAGUUCAAUAAAUUGCUUACAAUCUACAUGUUCAUUCAGUUUAAUUGCUAGGCAUCAACAGUCACUGUCAGACAGGGUGCGAUAUGCUACAGAGGAAUGUUGCUGCAUCAUGGUACACUUCAUCGUCUCACUCGAGCUUUCCUUUUCUUAAGUGUUUCAGGAGGGCACUUAAAAAUAUUACCUUCAUUAAACACGCGAGAAACAAAAGAGUGCUGUUUAAAUACGCAUGCGCAGCCGCCUUCUCAUCUUUAUUUAUCUGUAUCUUCGCGAUAGAUAAUUACUCGUUGCUCAUGAUGCAAAUUAGUGUUUCAUCAUUAGAAUCACCUAACGUGUCAUCUAUGAAGUUUAUUAUUAUCAUUAUCAUUAUUGUUAUUAAUAACAUGACCAGUUAAUUUUCAAGGAUUAAAAAGAAUUUUGGACAGGUCGUAGCUAAACCUCUAUCGUGCUUCGCGCUGUUAUCGCUAAUAUGCCAUUUAUGGCUGAAAUCUGUAUUUCCUACAUCCUGAUUUACUUUAUUCCUUCACCAGGGGGAGACACUGACAACUGUUUUGGAAUCAAUGGAGCUACCGGAAGAAUCUUUACUAACAAGCCAUUGGUAAAAAUUUUCAUUUACUAGUCAUAAAAUAUAAUUUCGAUUAAUUUUUACGUUGUUUUUUGGAAUUCUAUCCAAAUAUCAAUUGGUGUGUUUCAUAUAGGACCGCGAGAGGAUUAGGCACUACGAUCUUUCAGUGGCUGCAACCAAUGUCGCAUCCAGUCCACCCUUGAGCAGUGAGACAAUAGUGAGAGUCAAUGUCCUGGACACCAAUGACGAAGCGCCUCGUUUUAGUGUCCCUAGCUACAACGAGACGAUCUCCGAGGGAGCCAAGGCAGGAACAUCCAUUGUGAAAGUGUCCGCUCAAGAUAAAGAUCUGGUUAGUGCAGCUAUACCUCUAGUUAAAAGGAAGAGGUCUGCUUGAUGUAGAAUUAUGAUUGUCAGACCUGGUUUUAAAUUUGGUCCUGCAAAGCGCUAGAAAAAUUUCCCCCUGUACAGAAGUAUGCUUUCGAUUAAGGUACCAGUUUACAAGGUUACACAUCAAUGGGACCCGAUCGGUACUAGAAAAAGUGUCCGCUGUAUACAGGUGUCCGUUCCAUUAAGGUACCAGAUAGAAGGGUAAUUAUUGAAGAAUCCAUCAAAAACCACUUUGGGGCUAAACAAGUACAAUUGUGAUGUCACUCAACUGAAGGAAAAAGACAAUUUAGUAGCUUUUUUUUUUCUGUCGAGAUUAAAGUUAAUGUCCCUUGAGUGGAUUUACCCAUUGAAUGGAGUCAUUUUAUCAAAGGAACUUUACAGUAUACACCUGUUCCCUUGAGAAACUGAAGCGUCCAAGAGUUGUUCGUGUUUGUAAAGAGAUUCAGUGUUGAUUUAUUGGGUUUCUUUUUCGACACGCUAUAAAUCAAGAUCAAAGAUGAGAACAUUUCUAAGGGGGAACGUUAUUCUAUAUACUCCAUAUCGAUGAUUUAAGGUUAAGAACAUUAGAAAAUUAGAAUGAACUAAAUUACUUUACUUGUACGUUUGACGUUUGUACUUUUCAAUUCUGAUUUAAAUGGUAGAUAAUUGCAUUUGAUUUAAAAUUUUUCUUGAACAUUACUCAAAUUAAAAUUUAAACAUUGCUAUGGAUAGGUUUUAAUCUUCGUUACGAUGUAAACGUUACUUUUUAAAACUUUCUGUCCUAGGGUACUAACAGUCGUGUACUAUACAAAAUUAUGUAUGAUGAGAUAACUGCAAACGUGUUUGGCAUGAAUCAAGAUUCCGGAAUAAUGACGUUAAAAAACAACAUCGACGAAGAAGAAUACAGACGGUUUAUGAUUAUUGUAGAGGCAAAGGACCUUGGAUCACCCCAGCCCCUCUCGUCUGUUGUUCCUGUUUAUGUCAUCGUUGAUGACGUGAAUGACAAUCAGCCGAAGUUUGAAAAAAAGUUUUACAGGUAUUUACUUACGUGUACUUUUGUGUAAAAUGAAACCGUCCUCGCUCUCGCUCACUUAUCGGAAAGGCCAGCCAUAACAAAGAAACCAUUCACUUGCUAAAUUACAGAACCAAUGAAAUGUUUCUCUCACUCGGUACGUCAUGCUGCUUCCUUUUCCUUCUUUCCUUCAUUAAGUGCGUCAGUGUCUGAGACGGCUUCUAUUGGUUGGUCAGUUAUCAAGGUCAGAGCCACAGACCAAGAUAUGGGUCCAAAUGCCGAAAUGACUUACAAGAUAACACGAGGAGAUGAUCAGAGUAAGUCGCUAGAUUUACGAUCUAUCCUGGAGUAGUAAAUUGGUUUAAGUUUUGUUUUGCAGCUUCAAGUUUGUACAAGUGGACGAAUAAAAUUGUCCAUAAACGUUUCAUAACAAUUACUGAGAGAAUUCAAAACAUUAUGUCGAGGAAUUUUUUACAUAAUGUUCGUGGCCAAACCUUUUAAAUGGUAAUAGGAGAAAGAUUUACUGGUUUCACUAUCUUUGGUCAAUGCCGAGCUCUUUCCAGCAAUUGGUUUGUUUCCUUGCUCACCUUAGUGUUAGAACCUUGCAACGAAAUAAUGAAAUAUUGAACUACAGAAUUUAUAAAUUUUUGUGUUUUUUUUUUUUUUAAUAUCGUCUAGGUGACUUCCGUAUCGAUAACAGUGGUACUGUGUUCGUAAACAAGGGUCUGGAUCGAGAAAGGCAUUCUGCAUACACACUGGAGGUUCGAGCCUAUAAUUACAGAACCAAGGCUUUCAAUGAGACCAGUCGACCGCGGCAGAGAAAUGUAGAUGGUAGGCAUCGUCGUUUUGAAUUGUACUCUAUAUUUGUUUCUUUCGUUACUACAUGAAUUAAACAUAAGGAAAAUUGUAGAUCCUGUUGUAAGUUUUCAGGAUCAAAUGUUUUCCUCAAAACAAGGACUUUCAGCUUGCAAACGUAUCUCACAUGAAAGCAACUUAUCGAAUUUUCUCUGUGAUUAAAGGUGAUAAAGGUCCCAUAAAAACAUAGUUAAAACCCCCAUGUUUUUUGGUCUCGUUUUCAUAUUCCUUUUUGUUUCAGCUGAAGGUUAUUUGUAUGACAUUUCAACCCUCAUCAUAACUAUACUUGAUAUCAACGAUAACGCUCCUAGGUUCAUCAGACCGCUCUUCACUGGAGGUAAGAUCAUCAAAUCAGGCCGAAUAAAAUCAUCAUGAUACUCUGCGGACAUAACUCUGUUAUGUGAGGAAUACUCUACCCCUACCCCUGCCCCCACAGGGGUCGAUGAAAUCGUAAGCCAUGUAAUCAUGGCUAAGGGCAAGUUAUUCUUGUACAUAUCCUCGUUUGAUUUCCUUCGUUUUAUUUUAUGUUUAUUUUUUUCUUGGUAAUCCACUUUUGCCCUGAUGAUUUAAUACGAAAGUAAACAUCGGGAAAAUGAAUAGCAAUAUCUGUUUUUUCAGGUAUUGCAGAAGCUGCAGGUUUUGACUCGUACAUCAUGAAAGUCAAGGUAUGAGAAGAAGAAUAUGUUGUACAUAAAAUUUUUAUCCUAACAGCCAGCAAAAUAAAAUAUCUUUGAGCUGGUAUCUUAGUUUUCUACAACCAUCUGAAAGUGUUUGAAUUGGUUACUGCUCUUUACUAAUAUAGACACAUUUACGACUUUGGCAUGAAUGAGAUAAAAUUUAAACCUUCUUUGACCUGGAAAAAACCGCGAACAACCUCGUAUCUUUGUAAUAAAUGGACUCGCACUGAUGCUAUGAGCAUGUACAAAGUUGAAUUUUCGAUAAAUUUUCUCAUAAUUAUUUCAGGCUACAGAUAGAGACGCGGGUAAUUUUAGUGCGGUGCAGUACAGAAUAUCCUCUGGAAAUGAUGGCGGCUUUUUCAAAAUAGACGAAGACACUGGAUUUAUAACAACAGCCAGCAACUUUAAAGGGAAGAAGGGCGAACGUUUUGAAAUUAAAGUCAGUGCUCAUGACAACUACGGCAAACCUCCUACAAACGAGGCUGAUGGAGAGGCCACGGUUCAGGUACUUUAUUUUGAGGUGGUUACAACCAAUGUAAUUAGCACUUCUACGCAAACACUCAGGAAUGCACACGCACCAACAUAUAGCUAGCAUAUCAACACUUGUACAUGCCACCUAUGUAAGUCUGUAUUUAAAGUUGUUUGAAAGCUGAUUGGUUUUGAAAAGUAAAAAAGAAUGAUCAAAAUUAAGAACAACGAAUUAGUUACUAAACUCAAGCUAAGAAAAAGAUAGUAGAAUGCUGAUGGGGUUAUCGAACUCGUCCAUGAGUUGUUAGCAUAAUUAUUCCAUAAAUAUUCAACUGGGUAUGAGAUAUACAGUAAAAUAAUCGAAUUAAUUGUUGAUGCGUGCAGCUAUCAUUUAUACGGUCGAUAACACGUCCUACAGAUAUUUGUUCUUGUUGACGAGCAACGCGUAACUCUCAAGGCUGAAGUUGACCCAUCUCUUAUCGAGAGAAAUAAGGAGGAAUUUAUAAGGUUAGAGACUACAUGAUUGAAAUUGGUUCUUUACUCUUUUUAAUGCUUUAUAAUAUGAUUCUCAAUAAAGUAUUUGUAUUCGCAUGUCGCAAGUUGCACAUCCCACAUCUACUUUGACGUAUCUAACUUACUGUAAGUUUUAAAUUUCCAGUUUCCACGGCUUUGUUUCGAACGUUAGUGGAAGAGGCCUCAGAAAUUAUCAUAUUAUCUAUAAACACAUCCAUGGACAAUUCCAUCAAUUCCUCCAUUCCACAUUUCUUUCCUUCUUUGUGAAUUCUUUUCGUCUUUAUUCCGUCACUUUUGUCACUUCGAUUCAUUAGAUUUAAAUUGUGUUCCUAUCCACAGCAACAGUGUCUUUUAUGUGAUCUGAUCUGUGAAUCCGUUCAUGAAACGAGGGGAUUCAAAACGUUUCCUAAUUGGCUCAGCAAACUCAUUUCAAUAUCUUCAUCCUCUCGGCCUGAUCACCUAGCAUACCUAUAUUUUUCUACUGAAUAAAUUUCAGACUGAGAUUGGCUGCCCCACUUAUUCUUAUCAAGGGGACUGCGUGUUGUAUUCAAUAGACUGUCUUUUACAGAUAAUGAAUGCUCUAUUUUAUUUAAUUAUAAUCAAUUUUUUUGUGUUGUUUCCUCAGUGUGUUGAAUAACAUAACCGAGGCCGAGGUGAAUAUAGAGGCGAUUUUCAAAGUUUUUUCAGAGAACUCUGAGGGUAAGCAGAUCGCAAAUUCUGAGGUGUUGUUCCACGCUGUUGACCUCAAUACUCAGACCAUCAUGACCAGCAAUGAAGUGCUAAGGUAAAUAUUUCACCAUUAUGGUAAUGUAAAGAUAUGUUACUAAAACCCCAUUUUUUUUUAAUUUAAGAGAGACAACUAAUGCUUAGCUUUCUUUUAAUAAUUUUUCAUACGUUAGACAGUAUGUUUAGGUAAUCGCAAGGUUGCGAAUUCAAUUUGUAGUUUGUAGAAAUUCAAAGAGCUUGCAAAUGUUUAUGCCAAUUUACACCAGGCUGAACUGCUACCUACUGUUUUUCUUACGUUCCUCCUUGUUAUUUAUCCAUUUACUACCAAAGAAACCUCAAAACAUUAGGAACAACUAUUUCCUUUUUACAACGAAAAAAAUAGGCUAUAGUUAAACGUGAUUACGUUUUUGCUACUCCAGCACCAUUGAAAAGCACACUGACCAGUUGGAGACCUUGUACGCCAGAUGGAAAAUCAGAGCUCCCAUCGCUUCCACCACACAACGUCCAACAGAGGACAGUGGCCUGGGUAAUGCUGAACUAGCACUUAUCAUCCUUGGAUCUGUAGUUGGGCUGCUGUUGUUACUGGGUCUGUGUUUUGCCGUAAAGACACGUUGCAGGUAACUAUAUUCAAUGCAUUUACAAUUUUCAACUGAGUGUCGAAAGAAAACGCAAAAUUAAGGUUUCCUUCGUAUGAUUGUAACAACUCUCUAAUGCCUAAUUGUCUCCGUCAUGAGGAGUAACGCUCACUCUUUUACGCAUACCAGCCUAAGAACCAUUUUAAUUUUCAAAGUGAAUCAUAAUCCUCUACGUUGUCUCUUUUUUAGAGUAAAGAAACGUGAAAUGUACAAUUCGCCAAGAGCACGAAGAAAGCUUGGUAGCACCAAUCGCAAGUAGGUGUUUUAAAUGGAGCUCCUGAUAUUUCAAUACGACCAUGCCAUCGAUCGGUACUAUGUUUAAAGAAUGUGUGAUCACGCUGAAACAGGAAAACAACUGAACAAUUAUUUCACUACCUUAACUGGAAGCUUUCCUUUUCAGUUCUUCUUAGAAAAAAGUGAAUAAAGAGUACCAUCCUUUAUAAAUUAUCAGUAUUUCUCUUUAAUUUUAUUUGGUGGACUAAGACUUGUGAUAAUCACAAAGGUAUCUUUAUUUAUGUGUAAACGUUCCUUAUCCUCCUAUUUCAUCAAGCUUGCAAACCAUGAAAAUCCCAUGGCCUUCUCGUGUUCAGGUAUACUUUGCAUUAUAAAAAUUAUUUCUAUAUUUUUUCUUCUUCCAGUGGCUCCUGGUCGUAUUAUGAUGACGUCAUUGGAACUAUUGAAGACAAGAGUGUAGCUUCUGUCAGGUAUAAUAAAGCUGUAUUAACGUUUACCCACUGCUUAAAAUCAUACUUUUCUCCGAUAUCUAAUUGAAUUUUAGUCCUUACCGGACAAAAUCAUUCACUAACUGAGUGGUGCAUAUAAUAUGUUUCUUGCCUUGCUUAUCUUUGUGAAUUCGUUAACUUUUUCAUUACGAACUUGUUUUUUGUUGCAGGAUGUCUCAUCCGUAUGGAAGCGACCCAGGAAUGUACAGCGGCUCAGAUUAUGUGCUCACUAAGAAAGGACGGUAAGUUGUUGACAAUGAAAUUUACUAACGCACUGUGACCCUCAUUUAGGUUAUACUCUCCAGGCUUGAAAAACUCUCCCUUGAAUGGAGGUCUUUUUAGACGAGAGUGAAAAAUGCUGAGGGCUUGGAGCGUAAUGCACUGAUCAGGAUCUAACUUUGUGUCCCUUGAGUAGAGUUGUCCCGAAGUAGAGAUACAACAAUGUUGGUAUCGGAUUUUCAAGCAAAUUUUUGUACCUUUAUUUUACUGUUUUAUCCAUUACGUUGUUUCUUGUUUACCGGUGCACGAGAACUUAUUUUAUUACUCACCUGUAAUUUACCAUUUUCUUUUCACAUUCAGUAUAUAUUCCAACACACAGUUAAUCUUUAAAAAUUAAUAUUCUCUUUGGUAGAAGUUGCCAUGAACCAAUGGGGACCUUUUAGGUUUGGCGGAAUCUCAGCAAAAUUUCUGAAAGUUUUGCAAAAAGGGGCAUUUAACAGCACAACCCUCCAUAGUCUCUAGGAUUAACAGACACUUUUUUUCUUACAGCUCAUUGGAAGACAGAAUUUGGGAUGAUGAGCCUGACUGCUAUUUAUCACAGGUUACAAAUGCCAUCAAAAAUUAGUAUCUUGACCUAUAAAAAAGAUAAUGUUGUAAUAUUAAGUGAUAACUGCGCCUGUAGUUAAAGGUGCAAAGAUUUAAUGCGAAAAUGAGUUCAACCUUGAGAAAAUAAUGAAACGUCAUUUUCUCUUCGUCCAACAGAAUAUCUGGCAUCUGUUUUCUCUUCGUUGCAUGCACAUGAAAAAUUGAUACUAUCUAAACUUAUUCAGGCAAGCUCAAAAUUUGCGAUAUUUCCUACCCAUUCGGCUGCUUCUAGCAGUAUGUCAGAGGGACGCUUUGUCCCAAUCCCGAGGCGAAGUUUUGACAACUUCUCUCUGUACUCUUUAGGAUUCAAAUUCUAAAAUCGACUCAUACCUUGAUGAUGACGGCGAAUCAGAACACGGUGCAGCCGGAAGUGAUAUCAGCCAGGAAAGCUCCGUCCACUCAUCGAAACUAACAGCUGACGGCAUGGUGGUUACUAAAGUCUAGCAGGAUACAUCUCUUUCUUUGAAAUACGAAUCAUUACAGUACUGAGUUCAAAUUUUUUCGGCGAGAAUGGACUAAAACGGUCUCUUCUGACUUAUCUUAUUGUCAAAAUUACUUGAUGCAACUUUUUAGCGCUUCUAGAAUCAUUAAAUAAUGAGCAGGUGCUAUAGGCAAAAUGUAUUUAAAAAACGCGAGUUGUAUAUCCUUUUACUUGGCCACUUGGGUGUUAGAAUGCAUGAGUGAGGCGUUUUUCGUCUUGAAUUGUGAGAACAUUUUGAUUAAACUGUUCCCUUUAGUUGUCAGCAUGAGGAGGAAGGAACUCAUUGUUAUAAAUUAAUAACACUGAGGGCGUUUUCAGUUUCCAACGAGCCUUUCAAAACGUGUCUUCGAAUGUGCACAGUCGAAUUUUCAUCUCAUUUUCUUUACUAUUUUGAUGUUUGGAAAAAAGCUAUAUUGUAUUUGCAUCACACUUCUUCUCUGAUGAUUUAAGUCUACGGCUAAUCAUUUUCAGGAAAUGGGCAUGUUCGAGCAACUCGAGCAACUAGUUAAAGGAAAGUUUAUUUUCGCGUUCACUGAGCUUGACAUUCAGAGUGAAAAUCUCGCCGGGAAUCGGCGCAGAGCUCCUCGCUGAUCGUUUGGUUUUCAUUUGAUAUUACCUAUUGUCACAUUAUGGACUUUCCAGGGGGACUUCAGAGUGGUUUAUUAGGACCUGCCUUCUCGCGAUCAGCCUUAUCAGGACCUGUUAGCGGUAGGUCCCGCAAGCAAUUAGAAAGACC